CUUUGUAUGGGAGGGGGCGGCGGCAGUGGCGGCGGAGUCGUGCAUGGCUUUGAGGAAGGGGCGGCUCACUGGCGGGACAAAGAUCGCCAGCGCGGUGUAGCGGUGCGGGCGGCUUCAUGGCGGAGGCCGCGGCCAUGAGCGGCGGCGGCGAGCGAGUGCCAGAGCAGCCUCAGCGGGCGGAGAACAGCAGCGGCCUCUCCGGCGGGGAGAACCGAGCUGCAGCCGCCGACGCGGAGAACUCCACACAAAAUGGCGGCCGCCCUGAGAGGAGCAGGAGCGACGAGGAGGCGCCGUUCGGGGCCGCCGGCGAGGGCAGGGGAUCCCCGCGCGGGGACCACCGCAAGGGCAGCGGCCCCGAGGCCCCCGAGCAGCAGCCCCAGUAUAGCGACGGGCUGCCCAGAGCCCCAGAAGACAACAUGCCCCUUAAGAAAAACUUUCAGAUCCCCAGGAAGAGCAAAGAAAAGAAAGGUGGUUCCCUCGCAUCGCAUCCCUCCUCCUCCCCCCCAACCCUCCCUUCAGCCCCAAUUCCUUCCUUCUCGCUCCACGUAGCCACAUUCGCGACACAGCUGAAUGCGAGGAGCCUCUCGCAGCCGCGCUUAAGGUGGUUGGCACGGAUGAGAGAACCUUAUUCUCCCCUUCCGAAGCUGGGGGGGUGGGCAUGGGGAGAGACAGAGGCGUUUGGAAAACAAAUAACCCCCCCCCAAAAAAAAACCCCAACUCGUUUUGUUUUGAGAUGGCCGCUUUAGAAGAGGCUGGAUACGGGUGUGGUGGGGUUUUUUUGGCCGAAGGGGGGUGUGGGCAUCACCCGCGCCAGCUCGCAGAGAAGAUGGUUCUCUGGAAGGGCGCGCGGGAAAAUGGCUCGCCGACUUUGCGCGCUCUGCAGCAGAGGAGAGAGGAGCAUCAUCCCUCCUGCAGGGUAGGCUGGCUGGGGGGCGCUUACUUCGGCGAAGUUAUCAUUUUCCGCCCCUGAUGAAAGCCGUCUAUACCGCCCCCACGUUGUAGGAGGGAAGCGGAUGCCAGCAACUCGUGCCCUGGCGAGGAAGCGCUAUUGCUGCUGCGCUAGUCCCUUUGGUUCCACUGAUCUUCUGUAUAUGCAGCAUCUUAACGUUUCCUUUUGUGGCAAAAACGCUUCCUUGUUGUUGCUCUUCAGCUAGCUUUUCGUUAAUGAACCUCCUUUGGAUCAUUUCCUUCAAAAAUGCUCUCAUUCUUUUAAUCUUUAAUCUUUUUCAAGAGGCUGCCAUUAGUGUACUUCACACUUUCCAUCCUUCAAGAAGAGUUUAACUUGAGCAAUGCAAACAUAAAACGUAUUUUGUAACAAGAAGGUCAAGGUAGGUUUGGUUUGGCCCCUUCCUGAAGGUUACAGCUGUAGUCCUCAGUUGAAGAAGACUCAAGCGUCCUAGAAGGUUGAAGAACUUUCCUAAUUAUUUGAUGGCACAUGGCCUAGCUUUGUCUAAAUUUGUGAUCAAAAGAAUACUACAUGGACCCAAGACAAUGAACAGUGUCGGAUGUUCUUAUGAGCAUUUCUAGGAUACAGUGUGAACCAAAAAUGUUAAGUUAGAAGAGAUGCAACUGCUGCCAAAGUAUCUGGUUCUAGGCCUUUGUUGCAUGUAUAUUUUUAAUAGAAUGUAAAGUGAUACAUUAGCCACUAGGUUCCUAAAGAUAGCUUUAACAUGGCAACAUGAGAGUGAUGGACUCACGUGCCCUUGCACUGCAUUGCACACUGUUGCAGGUGGUAUAUAUGGUUGUUCUCACCAUUUUACCCUCACAUCAACCCUGUGAAGUAGGUUAGGCUGAGACGGUGAAUGGCAUAUGGUCACGUAGUGAACAUCAUAGCUCAGUGGAAAUUUGAACUUUGGCCUCCGUGGUCCUACACUUGAUGCCUCACAAUGGUAAAUUCUGUCUACAUUUACUCAUGAAUUUAUUGCUCAUUUUGGAACUUCCUAGUGCAGUUACAGUUCUUAAGGAGCCUCUUGCAAAUCAUUCCCAUUGUUUUGCAUUGCUCCAGUAAUUCUGAAUGAUCUCUUGAGCACUCUUAUGCUCUUCUGUCCAUGAUACCUGAAUAGUUACUGUGUAUAAGGUGCAGUUAUUUCAGUCCUGAAAAUGUGUGAACACAAUAUUGAUAUACCUACUGGAAGCCAAGAUGUUCCACAAACUUAAUUAAGAUAGAAUUUUAAAAUCUUAAUUUAACCUGAAAAAUAGAAGAAAUUCCUGCUCUGGGUGUCGUCUUAGACAGCAGCAUAGGCUUAAUAAACAAGAGGUGGAACAUGAUAUCGUGGGAACCAUACUGUCCAGAGAAUUGUGGAAAACAUUUGACUCAAAAAGAGCAAAGCAAUGAAGGAACUAAUAGAAGGAUUAUGUAAUUAGCCUUUUCCCGAGAUUAUUUGUGGCGAGUCAUAAUUCCAUUGAGACUUUCUUACCACUAAUUGAAAGAGAUCUCCCCGCCUUGAGGAAUGAACUAGAGAGCAGACCAUGAAAGAGUUGAAAUAUGAGGGCCUUCUUAAUCUGAAAGUUGACACAUUAGAUCAUUUUAACAUAAUUACCCUUUACCAAGUUUCAGAAGUGCUAUCUCAAAUUUCUUGGUCAAAUCUGAGGUUGAGAUCUUCCAGUACUUGGUACUUAAAACUAUUUCCUCCCCCCCCAAUUUGAGUUUGGAAUUCUUGUAGCAGUUCUAUGCUGUCUACUUUAAGGAAAUCAAAUUAUUAAUACACUUCUAGCAGUAUUCUAUGUACAGGAAGGAUUUGUCAAGAGGUUGCAGCAAUUGUUUGGAAUUCUAUUUUGUUCUAGGUUUGGGAACUAGCUUAACAAUACUGUCUUUCUGUGAAGGAAAUAUAAAGGUUUGAAUAGUAUUAUCAUACCAUACAGAUGAAGUAAAACUCUUGGUCUCAGUAUAGAAACUACUGAAGCAGAAGUCUAUUCAUCCCAUAGCACAGUGAUGGAGCACUUUGCUUUGUAUGCAGAAAGUUCCAGGUUCAAUUUACAAGUUGUUGUAUUUUGGGCAGGGUAGCUUUGAGGCACAGCAGUUCUGCUAGUCAAUAGCAGAUGAUACUGGGUUAGAUGAACAAAGAGUUUGACUUGGUAUAAGGAAGCUUCUUAUGUACUAAUACAGUUCAUAUGGCCAACUGGAAUAUAACAAGCAAGGUUCUUGCAUAAAAUAUAGGUGAACUGAAAAGUAGGAGAGUCCUGAUGGAAUCUAGGAGAAUUCUAUAUUUGCUAUUCAGGUCCUAUUCUUUCUGCUUGGUUAUAGUCUGCAUUUCUUGAGACCUGGUCUGUAAUUCCUGGUCUGUGUGUUGUCUUUCUGGUUCAUACGGCACAUUAUUUUCUGUAUUCAUUCAUAUAGAGCAAAACCAUAUAAAAAGUCACUGAGCUCCAUUACAUUGCUAUUGUACCUGUCUUCCCUUUGUAAGGAGUCAGUUUCAGUGAAGAUUGAAAAUUUUUUUUUUAAAAAAAAAAAUAUGACUCCAGUUUUAAAUAAAAGCCAGCACAUCACUUUCUGCUACAAGUUCCUAAUGAGUUGCAGCCAACAAGGCAUCCAAACUGUGGUAUGGCUUCUGCUAGCGGAAUUGUCAAGAAAGCCAUUUUUGUCAUUUCCCCGUUCAGCAAUCCUGCACUCCCCGCCCCCCAAAUAAUAAUCAUGUGGCACACUUCUCCUCUACGUCCUUUUUAUUGCUCCACCACACUCAGUUAAGCCAAAGUUUGGUUUAGUGGAUCAUUCAAACUGGGACUCAUGGUUAUGUUCUCUGCUUAUUAAGUACAGGCUGUAAGCAAAAACAAACAUGCAAUACAGAGUUGUGCCACUUCCUUUCUUUCUCUGAAGGUAAAGAGGGUUGAUUGUCAGGUAUGUGGCAACAUGAAAGAGCAGGUGGAGGGACAGUUGAAGAGUGAAGAAGUGAGGUAUUCACUGGAAGAAAACAGGGUGAAAAUAACUCAUCAAGGGUGAUGGACUUUUAGCACUCCUACACAACAGUGAUUCCCUACCUUUUAACAUGCAUGCAAAGCCAUAAAGAGGGGAAAGCUGCAUUUUCUCAUUAGCUGAAAUUGCUACUCAAAGAACAGAGCAGGCAUAGGCAAGCUCGGCCCUCCAGAUGUUUUGGGACUACAACUCCCAUCAACACUAGCUAACAAGGACCAGUGGUCAGGGAUGAUGGGAAUUGUAGUCUCAAAACAUCUGGAAUAGAGACCCCUGAGCAAAAAAAAUGUGUUCCUUUAAUUCAGGUAUCUUCACACACUGUUCUAAAUUUCCUUAAGAAAUAAUGGUUGGAAGACUAAAAGAUCCUUAAUUUAUAAGUUCUCAGCUUUCAAUCUUUUCCUCCCCAUCCCUUGGAAGAAUAAUGUGGAUUGGAGUAUGGAGGGGUACUGGAAAAGGAGGCAAAUGCUGAAAAUUGGGUAGAGGUUUUUCAUGCUAGAGGUUUAUCACUGAAUGUGAAACUUCUACUAUAGUUAAUGCAUUCUACUUACGAAAUGUUAUUCUGUAAGUGGUUUUUCAAGAAAAGCUGUAGGUAAUGCAAACUACCCAUAUAGACCUGGAAAAAUUGAACUUCUAAAAAAUUGAGCAACUAAAAUUUCUUAUUAAAUUUGCAGCUUUAUCCUGUGCAAAAGAAAAAGGAAUUUGUUUGAUUUUAUCUCUGCCCUAUGCUCUAAUGCUUUUCUGUACCUUUAAAGACUCACUGACAGAGAAUUGUCCACUCUUAGAUGUGCAUGGUUUCAUAAAAUGAACUACAGUCAACUCCUGGUUUGGGAGUGUCCGAAUGACACGCAAUCGCACACAUGUGCAUGGUGCCAAAUCUGGAAGUAGUCCCAAAACAUCAUAAAGAUGUCAUGAAAAGCGGUGGGUCUGAGUGGGCUUAUGCGUGCUUUGCUGACACAUGCAGGGAUCUGGAACAGAACCCCCUUGCAAAAUGAGGAUUGCCUGCAGUAACACAGUAGCAUUUAAUUGCAAGACACACAGAGUUUGAGAUACUUGUUUUCUUUCCCUGUAGCUCUUUUUCAGCCAGUAACAGCAGGAUCUCGUGAAUUUCAAGAGAUUGUGAACAUUUUGCAUUCAUCAUAUAUGGAAAACCAUUCAAAGGACAAUUUCACCUACAAAAAAGCCAGUUUGGUUCAUAGUGAACUGUUGGAAAAGGAGGUGAGUACCCAAUAUUCAUACAUGAAAUAGUACCUGAAGUACACAAAAACAUGUUCGUAUUAAUACGAACAAAACUCGGUUAAGUUGCAAAGAAGCUUUUGUGGGAGGCAGGGACAAAGAAGGGGUGAGACAUAUUUAAUUUAUUUAUGAUCUUGCCUUUUGACUUUCAAAAGAGUUCCAAAGCAGUUUACAUUAAUAAAACGUACAAAUUUAUAUUAGAAUAUAUCACUGUUGCAUGAGUGGCUUUGUGCUCAUGCAGUCUUUGGAUCCAAGCUGUUUUCUUUACACUUGUGAACCUUAUGUCUGUUACAUCUGUGGUUGCCUACUGUAUUUUGCACAGCUUCUUGUCAUUCUACCAUGUAUAAAUAAACAAUUUAUAUAUAAACUGCUUUCAGCAUUUAGUUCACAUUUUGACUUUUCUGGUUACUUUGUUUACCUUUCUGUAGAAUUGAGAUUUUUGAAAUCAUAGAUCAUACAAAGUCAUUAAAGUACGCUAGUUUCUGUUGCUAUUCGAAUUUUGUCUUUUGAAAGUUCAUAGAGAAACGAAGAGAAUUGAAGCAGGACGGCAGAUCGGAAAAAGAGCUAGAGGAAACAUUUGCAUUUCUAAAGGUUGACCGUGACAUGGUAAGAAUUUUUAUUUCUUUAAAAUAACUAUUGAAGCAUAAUGAUGCUGAAGGAGACAGAGUGUGCAACUGUCCUAAUAAUGCAAGGAUGUCUGCUUGCUCAAUAGAACUUCUCCCUUUUUCUCUCCCUGUACUUGCCCUGUCUCCUGGCAAGGAUAUGUUUUGGAGGGUUUGGAGAAUCCCCAGAACAGGACUGAGGCUGUGUGCAGUGGGAGGAAAAGGGGAAAUUCCAUAGUCUGACAGGGAGACUUACUUGGAUACAACCCAUAUUUUGUGGGGGAAACCUUCCAGCUGGCGCUAUUAUGCUUCUGUUGAAUUGUGAAAUGCACACAAUGGACUGCCUAGAUUAGGUUCUAGAUUGAUUACCCUUGAGAAGUCAUACUGCUGAUUGUCUCCCACCAAUUGAACAAUAUGGUAGAAGGUUAUUUUUGGUUUACUUCAUAGUAGGAAAAUGUGCUACUAGAAAUAGUUGACUAGUGUGCUGUACAGAGUGAGUAUGCUAAACCUGAGUAUUUUAAAGCUGUGCUUGGUUAUGAAUUAAAUGAUGGUUAUGCAGUGGAAAUUACCAUUUUAGAGAGGGUGGAAUAUGGAUAGUUCAGAUUAAUACUUUAGAGCAAAAGAUUAUAGUAUAUUUGGUGGAACGAUUGAAUGAUAAAGUCCUUCCAAGUAAAGUGGUGUGUAUGCAUUUCUGUGUGUGUGUUUACAUAUAGAGAGAGUGAAAUUAUUGUUAUUGCUAUUAUUUAUUACAUUGGUAUACCACCCUAUACCUGCAGGUUUCUGGGCAGUUCACAAGAUAGAAUCACAAUAUUAAAAACAAAAAUAAUAAAAACAAAAACAAAAGUGACCCCAUAAUCCUCCCUUCACCAACAUAUUUUAAAAGGCCAUUGGAUGUCAGUCAACCAAAGGCAUGGUUAAAGAGGAACAUUUUUGCCUGGCAUCUAAAGGUGUGUAAUGAUUGUAAAUAUCUUGAUUGAUUCAUCAAAAUGUUCAUUUCCAUCUUAUGACAAUUUUGGUAGGACAAAAAAUAGUGAGAGUGAAGCUUGUUAAUAACAUCAUGAGUAUUGAUGGCACAGAAAUGGAUGAAUAGUUCUCCACCUGUGGCAAGAGUGGCUGGAAAAGAUAUGGAAAGUUGCAGAAAUGAUUAAACUCACAAAAUUUGUACAAGGAAGAGAAGGCUAACAAAAUAUGAGAGUUUCUGAAUGACAUUGACAAAUAUAGAAAUGUUCCACUGUGGAGAAUAAUAUAAUAUUUUUCUAACAAUGUUAACACUGAAAAAUUUAAAGAUGUAUUUAUUUCAUAUUCUUCUAUGAUGUGGAAUUUAUAUUAAACUUUAGUGCUUUGAUACUAUAAUGGUCAGGUAAUUAUGUAGAUAACAUUUUGGAAAUAUGUGUAUGUUAUAAAUAGUGGGUGGAGGUAUAAAUAUAUAAUUAAAGAGGUAUAAUUAUAUAUAGUUUAAAGUUGUCUGCUUUCUCUUCUAAAUAUUUUAGUUAUACAACAGGUUUUUGCUGUGGAAACUAUACUGUUGGCUACUAAUUAAAUUGACCUGGAUACCACUUUUAAAACUGUGGUGUUGUUAUUAACAUCUUCUGUUGUUUUAGUAUGUUAAAGAUCUGCCUGCUAUCGUCAGAGUCCAAAAAUGUGGUUCCUAGAGUUUGAGUCUUACCGCUUUACUGACCUUUGAAAUACAGCAUGAGAUCAGGAACAAUCCUCUGCUCCCCUCUCCAUGUCCAAGUUUGGAUCUAGGGUGAGGGAUUCUAUGCAAGAUGAAGACAAAUCCCACUCCUAUCUUAGAGCAGGAUGAGGGCUGUUUGUUAUGCACUUCACAUUCAACAGGUUGUCGGCAAACAGUGAAAGCCUUUGCUCACAGAGCAUUUGGAAUGUUUGUGAACGUUAUGUGCCAUUGCACAAGCUUAUCUAAUCAGUGUCAGAAGCAUCACCAUCAAAAUGCACAGUGUAAGAUUAGCAUUUAACUGAAGUUUGAACAAUAUUGUUGAUAUUUAUUGCCAUGUCUGUGUUCUAAUAUUGCUAACUAAAUGCUUGCUUUUAGGUGCAAAACAUAUGUGAAAAUGGCUUGCAGGUGGGCCAUUCCAAGAUAACGGUUCUUGGCAACCCUUCCCUAGGUAAAUAGCAUUUUUAAUUUUCAUGGAAUUUAUGCCUUAAAGAACAGAAGAGAGAUUCAGAUGAGUGUUGAUUCAUGGGUCAGGAGUCAACUAAGUUGUUUACAAGAAAUGAGAUCUACCUGUGCAACAAAGUCCCACAUGCUCCUUGUACCCUCUAAAUCUGUUCUUGAGUAUGAAGAGAAUCCCUAGAACAGGGCAAAGGGGCGCAUGAGGAGAAGAAGGGAAAGUUUUGAUUCAAGCAGACCUCAAUCUGUACACACUUACCCUACUUAGCUGUAUGUUGAAUCCACCCAUAAUUUCUAACCAUUAUUUGAAGUCCAGCUUCAACUUCCAACAACUAUGCUGCACUCUGGCACACUGUUUUGGAGUGUCCUCCAGUCCUUCAGGAAGUACAGUGGACUGAAGGAAUGGGCAAAAAUAGUUUCCUGCUUUGAUGAGUGGGGACAGCUCAUACGUAGAGAUUGGCACUUGGGAACUCUAGAUCCAAGCCAGUAUCUCAAUAUAAAUAUAAGGGUCAUUCCACAUCAAAUCAAUGCAAACAAGAGUUUUGUCAGCCACUAUCUCAGAUUUUGAUGAAACUUGCUGUACACCCUUCCCUUAUGGUUGAAAGAAACCCCCUUAAUUUUCCCCCCUCUAUCUCAAACGGUUUUAAUUUUAUAGCACUUCAAAGUUUCAUUAAAUCUGCGUUGUCUGACCCUCUUGAGACCCUCGGCAUACAAUGUCCUUGUGUACAUUUUGUUUUUUCUCUUCAUAACCAAUGAUCAGAUCUCCUUGAAAUUUUACACAGGACUCAAUAAAAUGAUGAGGAUUUCAGAAAAAAAUACACAAGCACUCAAAAGAUUUUAUAAAUGCCUAAAUUUUUUUAUAAUUUUUUUUGGGUGGAAAAACUAGGUUUAGAAAACCUGAAUUUACAGCGUGUGGUCAUGAUGUAAACAAAUGUUUUUGAUGUUGAAAAUUAUUGCAAAGACAUGCUCUUUCUCGACAAAGAAUGAAAUUUAUGGGUUUUUUAUUCCUUGUAACGAAAAUUUUACGUUUUACUGGGCAGACAUUUUGUACAACUUUCCUACAAUCCAUAGCUGUAAUAGAAAAAAUUAAUGAAACAAGACCAUUUUAAAAUGUCUAAUAUUUUAAAUAUUUCUGAAAUGAAUAAUUAUUUUUAAAAUAAUUUAAGCCUAAUUUUAUGUACUCAUAUUUGUAUAUAAUACUCAAUUUUUAACUUUUUGGAAUAUUUUUCUUGCUAGGUCUUAUUUCCUUACAUGUCAGCAUUUAAUGUUCUACUGACUGUAAAUUCUUUUCUUUUAUUCCUGAUAGCCAAUUUUCAUAACUUCAAAUUCAAAUAUCCCAAAAUUAAAACAAGUCUGCACCUUCAAAAAAACCUAUAAUAACCAAUAUUAUUUUAAUUUUUAAGAUGUACAACUUUGUUUCAUUAAUUUUUCUAUUACAGCUAUGGAUUGUAAAAUCCUUAGACCUCCCGCUUGUCUGUCACUCCUAGAGGUUGCCCCAAUCUCUUUUAAAGAAGGAGGGCUGGUACUUCACAAGGCUACUUCCUCUCUCACCUGGCUGCUGUUCGUUAUGCUAGAGCUGGUGUGGCCACCUUUUGGCAACAUGACAACAACAUUACAUUUCUAUGUAUAUAGGAAGAUAUAAUUUUAAAACUCUUGUUGGGCUUCUAAAAUAUAUAGAUUACUUUUUGGUUAUCCUUGUGUUUGCUGUAACAGUAGACCACACAGAAUUCUCAAUCUUUUUUAAGGUUAUAUAUCAUCAGAGAUGGUUAAAUAUUUGCACGUCUGUUUGAUGUGCAUUAGUUUUGUCCUUUCAGAUAGAAAUGGUUUCAGUAGUUUAAUGGAAAGUUAAAAUAAGAUCUGGAAAAUACAUUUUAUAGUAAUAGGCAUUCUCUUGUGCAUCACUAGGAAACUCCAUAAAUGCUGAACCUUACCUUGACAUUUGUUCUCUUCACAUUCUCCAGGUGUAUAUCUUUCUAGGUAUGCUGAUUUAUUGCAAGCUAAUCCUCUGGAGGCUAGAGCAGUGGGUGAUAUUAUUAUUUUUAAAGUAAUAAAAGUAAGUUUAAGCUGUUUUUCAAUUCACUCACAGUUCAUUAACGUUGUAUGCCCUUUUCUUAAAUCAUUCCCAAGGAUGUAUUUUAUAAUUGUAAUCAUUUUAUUUGUGCUUAUGUUUGUAUUUUCUAUUCCUGUAUCCUGCUCUGGGAUCUUAUGGUGUGGGCAAGUGAAAAAAUCUUACAAAAUAAAUAAAAUGUAAUAGUACGUUUCUUAAUAUAGCAAUUUCCUGACAUGAAGCACUUCAGAUAGAGCAUUUUUCUGUAUCAAUCAGAGCCACUCCUUAUGUUGCAGUAUUUAAAUUUUUAAAAUUUGCUAACAGUUGCAAAAGUCAUUUUCAGAACUGAAAAGUGUGUCUGGUUUGUUGAUGGAGUUAAUGGCAAUUGCAGAUUUUUCAAAAGACUACCAACAUUUAAAGUAGCUGGAGUGAGUGAACAAUAAAUAUUUGGCUACUUUAUAUGUGAAUUCAUUGAAUAUAAAGUGGUAUGACUUCUUAUGUUUGCUGUGUGCAUUAUACUUUCCUGAUGGGGAUUUUUCUGACUCUUUUAGGGAAAAAUGAAGGCAGUAUACAGUAACCUAGCAGUGAAAUCAGUUGACUCAAAUGUUAAAAGUGGAUUAGACCCUACACCAAAGCAUGAAUGCCAUGUUUUAAAGAAUGCAGACAAAAUCCGUUCUUUCCUACGUUACAGAGCAUAUGAGCUCACACAGGUAAGAGAAUGACAGUUAUAUGAACAUAGCUGCAUACAAAUAUUUAUGUGCUUGCUGCCAGGUUUGUAGUUCUUAUGAAACAACUCCAGUAUAAUCCUUUCCAGUAUGCAGGCUGUUACAGGUCGAAUGCUGCCUAACAUUUUGAAUUUGUUUUGUAGAGAUUUGUCUUGAAAGUUGAGUUUUAAUCACAACUAUAAUAAUUUGUUCAUGGUGCUAAUAAGUUUCAGCAUUACUAGCGUUAUACUAGUUUAAUUACAAAGUUCAAAUGAAGAGUUUGAAAUCUACUAUAAAAUAAAUUCAGCAAGCAUCUCUUAGCAUUAGUAAUAUGCAAACUUGAGUUUCUUUUGAAUUUGUUUCCAGUAUUAUUUCUAUGAAUAUUACUUUGAUGAGAUCAGACCAAGACCAAGACCAAGGCAUGUGUGUCCAUAUGCUGUUGUAUCAUUUUCUCACAGUGAUGAAAAGGUACUAAAGUAUUUGCCACAAGCAAGGUAAGAAGGGUUUUCACACAUUUCUUAAAAAGUAGUAUCUAAUGUGAAAGGCUUUAAUGCUUAAAAGUGUAUACAUUUUCGGUUUGUUACUACUUGCUGGUCUUGAUACAUGGUUGCAGCUUUUGAUGAAGAAUUGGAAAUGGUAGUGUCUUACUCAAGCUGUACAAAUGGUUGUUUCUUUUUUUAAAAAAGUGUAGUAUUUUUAUCCUGCUUGUCAGCUGUAAAGAGCUUGAUAGUAAAAUAGUCCUUGUUCUCAGGCUUACAACCUAAAAUACAUGACACAAAAGGAGAACGGAUAAAAGGGAAGAGAAAAACAAGCAAAGUCAGGCACCAGUUCUAAAAGUUACCUGUUAGUUCUUACAGUGACCAGCCUGAGUAGAAACAAGGCAGGGAGAGGAAAAAUCAGAGCUGGUCUCUUGCAGAUACAAUGUGAUGUUAGCUUGUGAUUGGUCUGGUCUAUACUUGUUACACCCUUUCAUCCAUAAUGACUAUUCUGUAGACACAUACUUUAUUUUUAACAGUUUGAUCAUCAGAUUUCAAUUUGUAAGUGAAUUUGCUUUUUUUGGUAAAUGGGCUUCAAAUAAUUUGCAUUUCAGUAAUCACUUGAGUAUAUUAUAUGUAACAUGAGGCUGCAGCAAUCUUGUUCCUUUUGAGAUUUCUAGUGUGGCACAUGCGUGUGCCUAGGUUCAGAUAUUGGCCUUGGUGUCUAAUCUGUCACAUAAGAAUAGUACUUGCUUGCUUAUUUCGUGUAACGUUUGUUAAAGAUAAAAUAAAGUUUCUAGACAGUUUCACGUGUUAGCAUGCCUCUUGGUCAUGCUUGGCUUUAAGCACUGGAAUGCUGCUUCAUAGUAAUGAAUUCUGUAUGUCUAUGGAAACAGAAUAGCCCCAGGGACUCCUUCACAAUUGCUCUGCCACCAGCAAGUCCAUGCAUCUCAUUCACUUCUGUGAGAAAGUAUAAAGGGACUGCAGUUCAUUAUUGCUGAGAUGACUUGGCUUAGAUGCCGAUGAACUUUGUGUCAUGGAGGUGCAGAUUUUGUCCCCACUUAACAGUGGUGAGAGCACAGCUUUUCCUGCAAAAAUAAUGGAAGCCAUUUCUUUUUAAGGAAGAAAGUAAAUAAUAAUGUGUGUUGGGUUAAGCAAAACAAACAUCAAGAUUCCAGCAAGUUAAAAUACUCCUUGAAAAGUUAUUUUCAUAAAGUGUAGCAGAGAGUGGACAAAAAAUAGAACAUAAGUUUGUAGAACACUAACCAGUCUAAAACUAUUUGUGACUCCUUGAGAACUGCAGUCCUCACCAUUCCCACUUUCACAUUUUGGCUUCCCACAUUUUGGCAUGCAACCACCAAGAGAUUGGACAUUGGUCAACGUGACCUUUGGUUUGAAUUGGUUUAUCCACUGUUGCUUCAAGUGAAGCAAAGCUGAGUGGCCAUGUGCUGUACUUUGUCAGGUGGCUGACAAUCUCAAUCUUGGUAUCCUCUGGAAGGUUUUUUUGAGAACCUGGUGGGUCUAUUUGGCUUAGAAAACUGCAAGUUAUGUUAGCUGCAGUACCUAAGUCUGUGAUUCAAACUGUAAAGUAUUUAGUGUGUUUUGCCAGCAUCCCUAUGAGAGAGAUCACAAUCUUAUAAAUUACUGUUUAACGCUGGGCAGAUUUGGCAGAUUUGGCUAUUUCAGCCUGAGUCCAGUGGACUCUACAUAUUCUUAAUUGAUGUUUUACAGUUUCCAUAUAUUAGGGUUUGUUCUCUUUGCUGUAGUUCUGAUAAAUUGUUAGAAGGCUUCAAUGUCGGAAGCAAUUGGCGAUAUUAAGGAACUGUUAAACUGCUUUGACUGGAGUAGCUACUUGCGAUAGCAACCAGGUGACUGGCUAUUUUAAAAUUUGUGUUGUGAUGAGAAUGUAGCACUGUAGUUGAGGUUACAAAUGGAAUACGAGUUGAAGUGUGGCUUAUGAAUUGUGACAACUACUACAUAAAAAUAACUGGGCAGCAAAUGCUAGUAGGCUUAUAAUGACAUAAAUGUAGGGAAAAUCUAGGGGUCUCCAGUUUUUGGAGGCCUAGUUGCCAGGUUCUUCCUACCAACUUGAUGGUACCACCUCCACCCAAAAGCAAAGAAAUCACCCUGUUUGAAAGGCAGAGAGCGUUGCAACUUCAUCUGAUGCUCUGCAGAGUGACCCAGAUGAAGAAGUCUUCCCCACCUACUUUGUCUGCAAGAGGACAGUGGGAAGUGUGCUGGCUUCAGUCAUUGUCAAGCAGCCGGGCUCAAAGUGAUGCCAUGAAGCAGCAGCCAGGAUGCCCAUACUGUCCUUUAUUGUCCUGAAGCAGGAAAGGGGGAGUUUGCUGGUUUGGCCCUGAUCAAGAUUUUCCAGAUGCCUUGGCCACAUAGCAGCCAAAUUGCUCCCCACUUUCCUCCCAACUUUGGACAUGUGGAGGGAUUCAUACCAGCAGUUGUACUUUGAAGCACCUCCACAGCUUAAAAGUUGGUAGGAAGGCUUGUUGCUUGCCACACUUGCCAGAGGACCUGGAAAUACCUGAAGCAUGUUUUCUGUUGGGAGCUUGGAUCAAUUUGUGGUGUAACUUUCUUUUAAUCAAGAUCAGUCUACUAGGAACCAAUCUAAUAUUUUGAAACUGCUGGCGUAUUGAUGUGUUAUCUUGUGCAGGCCAGUGGUAUCAGGUAAAAGGUCUCACAGGAGCCUUUCAGGGCAUUUCUGCCCUAUGGUGGCUUUGCAGUUCUGAGGAACUGAGACUUUUGUGUCCAAGAAUCAUAUGUUCUGCAACAGAUAUGUAAAUUGUGUACAUUUAUGCCUUCUCCAAGAUCACUUAGCUUUAAAAUCCAGAGAGAGAGAAAAUGUAGAUAAAGAAGUAUUUGGUCCAUGGCUGUUCAAGAACAUAAAGGUGGAAACUACAUGUGAGGGAAAGCACUACUUCUGCUUUUUGAUUUUAACUGUGUGUAUUUUGCUUGUAGAACAAAGAUUUCUAAUGUGGAUAAAAGCACUGGUAAGAAUUCAAUUAUUAAAUAGAACUGUCUUGAUUUAUAUAAGUCCCUAGAUGUGCUAGAAGAUGUGGUACUUUGAGGCUAAUUCAAAGCACAUGGGUUGACCACAAGUAACACCUUGAGCAUCAAGGUUUCUGGCUUUAUAGUAGUUUAGUGUGAACAAGCUAUAUAAGAGUAUCAAUUGCUCCCGCUUACCUUCUCUCUUGGAAUAAGUGGAAUAAAUAAGCCAGAAAGCCUUGUCUUCCCCUUAAGUCUGAACAAGGGAUCCUAGUGAGUUUCUCUCUAACAAGCCACAACAAUGAAAUUUGAUUUGUUCCUGUGUCUUGAUAAGGAGCAGCAUAUCACAAUACCUUGUUUGCAUUUAAUGGGGAAUCAAAGCUUCCCGGUUUGUAUCUUGCUUGCACCAGGGGAGAAGUGAAGCAGCAGCAGUUGGGUAGUGGGCAGCAGACUAUGUCUCACUAAUGCUAUGCAUCACAAUAAGCCAGAAACCCGACUUUGUGGUUAUGUGCAAACAUGGCUGUUACAUGCCUAGCUUUGAAAAAAAUGAAAUUAUUUGCUAAAUAAAUUAGAAUAAUUUAUGCAGAUUGUUAUCUGCAUGAAUUUGCUUAUUUGCAUAACUCAGCUGUGCGUUUAUAUAUGUAAAUAAUUUGUAAAAUGUUCUCAUUUGUGGGUUUUUUCUAAUAUUAUAAGGUUAGAAAUGGUGAAACAAGAAAAUGUUGAGUAGCAAACUGACAUAGAGUAUUGUUAGGGUAAUAGAAAACUAAAAAUCAAAACAGUGUCUUCAUGAAAUGAACGACUGUCUUCCUUUUAGUAUCAAUAACUUCUACCUAAUUCAGCCUUGUAUUUAACAACUUACCUGAUAGUCAUAGGUGACCAGGAAUUCCAUGGAGGCAAGUGAGCAUGGUGAUGGAGGAGAGCUAGAUUGUUCCAUUUCUCUUCUGUUGACCAGUUGGAUUUUUGUGUUCGCUAUGGAGGAAAGUCUCUUCCUCGACAAAUGCAUGGUGAGCAGAGAAGGAAGUGUUCCAUUCUGCCUCCACCAGCCUGCUUGCUAGAAGUCUCUCUUUUUUGGGGGGGGGGGGGGGUGCCUUUUUGAGGUGUGUAAUUCUUAUGCGGUAAAUAGAAUAAAAAUCUUCUUACCGCAUAGCAUUUUCUACCUUUGCCUUGGUCACAUGCCACAUGAAACCAAAACACAAUUCAUUGUGAAUACACAGCGUGCUAGUGCAUACUGCUAUUUGGAGAGAAACCAAAAGCCUGGGUUUGGGCGUUCAGCACACCAGACAUUUCCUUCUUUCCCAGUAGUAGUGUGGGGGAUGAACAGAGUGAGAAUUUGCAUUCAUAUUGAAAUAUAGCUUUCUUUUUAGCAAUGGUUUAAAGUGAUGUGCCAACUGGGUUCUUGUGUUAAUGGAAUUGGAUGAGAAUACUGAAGACAUCUUGGUUCUGAUUUGGUCCAGAGUGAAUAAUCAUUGAACUACGAGGCAUCAAACAUGACUCCAUUAGAUUGUAGCUGUAUCCUUAUACUAAUAACUGCAGAUAGUAGAUCAAGAAAGUAGAUCAUAUUGACUAUUCAACAUGUGCUUUUAUAGGGGAUAUCUUCAGCUAUACCUUUAUAGAGGUGUUCUGCAACAGCAUUACUAUACAUCUUGCUGAAAUGGAAUUGGGUCUGAGAUUCCCAAUUACUGCUUUAAAUUAAUUCCUUAAAGAGAGCUGGUAUAUCAGGCUGGUCUGCCCUCAAGGGUAGCUGUACUUUAUAUUUUUGUUAUUUCAUGAAGUCUGAAAUGCUCAAAGUAGCUUGCCUCCUCCAGCUUUUGUCUACUAGUGGAUUCUAAUUUCUGGAGACGUGGAGUUCCUCCAAAAGACCCCUUCCUUCUGUUCUUUUAAGACUCCAUCCUUUGCAGUAUGGCUGCCUAAGCAGCUUUUGGAUCUUAUACAGCCCAACCAAGAAUAAUCUCAUGUGCUGCCAGUUCAGCUCCCAAAUGCUGCACUUGUUCUAUUGAUCACCUAGGAAUAAUAUUUUCCAGUCACUACUUAUAGCUUAGCCCUUAACCCUCAGUGGCACAUACUGCAUUAGCUAAUAUGCUUUUAAUUUAAAGUGUUGGUCACUUGCUGGAAUUUUAACAUGCAUCACAUGCUUUGUGGUAUUAUGAGAGCUUCCAGUUUAAUGGCCUUUCCCUACCCCCCGCCAAAAAAAAUAUCUUAGCAGAUAUAGUAAAUUAUUACCUUACUCCUAAAGGAGUGGAUCUUUGGAGUGGAUUUUCUCUAUUGAGUAAGUGCACUUAGUUUUUGCUGUUGCUUAAACAGGCAGUUCACAAUAAUGUGAAAAUACAAAUAAAAACAAAUAAUACAACAAUUGAAUAAAACAGUUUAAAAACGGUAAGAAGUCUCUACUAAUCUCAAAAUGCCUGACAUAAUAGUGUCUCCACCUGUCUGUGAAUGAAAAUAAGGAAAGAUCAUAUACAUACAUCCCACAACUCCUGGGCAGUUGCCAGGCCCUGGUAGAUGACAAUCUUGUCUAUCUAAAGGAAGGAAACUGUAGCAGGGCCUUUUGGGUAGAUUUUAAGGCUCUGGGGAGCUUGAGUAGAAAAUAGUCCCUGAGAUCCCUGGGCCCUAGAUUUGUAUAGGGCUUUAACUAAAAAAUCUGGGACCUAAAAUUAAGCUUGGAAACAAAGUGUAAAGCAAUGCAGAUGUGUCUAGGCUUGGUGUAAUGGGUUCUUACCUGCACAUACCUGUUAAGAGUUGAGUAGUAUUCUCUACCAGCUACAUUUCCAGUCUUCUUCAUCAGUCCAUAAUAGAGAUUGUAGCUGUAGCUUACUUUGGAGCUCACCAAAGCAUUCAUGCUUCUUGUUGUAGUGACAAAGCUGGACCAACUGACAUUCUUAGAAUUUCCUUCUAGCCCCAGCUUCAACCUGAGAAUCUAGGAGCAAUGUUAAUGGGUCUAGGAACACUCACAGCUUACAAAUCUGCUCCUAAGUAUGUGAUCCUUUUCAAAUAUUAGUGUUUCUCAGGCUAACUGAUCCACUGAGUCCUCUACUAGCAUUUAUUGUGUUCUACCUGGAUUGGGUUUAGUUUUUUUAUUAUUCAUCCAGUGUAGCUCUAAUCUCAGUGGCUCCUUUAGGAAAGCAUCCACCUCACCUGGAUUUGAUGAAAAUGAGAAAACAGAACCAAGUGUCAGUUUACAUUUGGUCUGUAUUUUAGAGUUCCUUUGCUUUCAGGCGGUACUUGGGUGGUGUCAAAGGGCCCCUGUUAAGCACUUGACUACUGAGUCAUCCAUUCCAAAGGAUUUGUUUCUUAAUUGGCCUUGAUAUGGGAACUAAGCAUUUUCAGCAUUCACUGUUUUCCAGGUCUUUUAUCCUAUGGGCAAAGUGAUAUAUUCUGGGCUUUCUAGGAGUUGCAAGAUGCUCAAAACAUGAGUGCUCAAAGCAGCAUUGCUAGCUAACUCAUGAGAAACCAUGGGUGGAAUCCAACAAAGCACUAAGUCUCUUGUUCUGUCAAUGCAAAGAUGUAUUGUGCAAUGGAAUGUUCCCCCUGCUUUCUGCCUUCUCCCUAAACCUGUUCUAGGGGUUGCCCCAACCAUCUGAAGCAGAUUUGGAGAGUGUGUGGGAUGUGCACAGGGACACAAGCGGAAAUCCUUGCACUGACAAGACACGGUAGUUGAAUACCACCCCAUGUAUUAGCUAGACGCCUAAGCCUUGGCAGCACAUGCCGUCAGGAGGAAUCUAAGUGUCCAUUUAUGGUGUAGUGAGCUUACCAUGACCUGAAAUGUAGGUCUGUUUUCCGUUCAGUGUCCUAAUUGUUUGGUCCUCCAGUGGAAACAGGAUUGAUCAAGAAGAGCAAAAUGCCUUGCAAUGAGCAAGAAUGAAGAAUAUGAAUGAAGCAGAAUACGUAUUCCUCCUUUGUACCUGAUGACCGGAGUUUGAAAGCAUUCCAGGCCACUCCAGUGGGUUCUUCCAUUUUAGGACCUUAUUGAAGGUCAGAACAGCCCAGAAGUGUUUGGAUCUAGCAGCAUCUCUUUGGAGGACAGACCACUGCAGGUUCAAAAAAGGCUCUCCUCAUAAUGAAUGUCGGUCUGUUUUGAAUGGGAGUCUCAUUGUCAGUCAGUAACAGCUCAUAAACAGGAGUCCAAAAAGAAAGAAAUGUAAGCUGGAUGGAGACCCAAAUACCUCAGAACUAAGUACCUUGACAGCUGUGUAUAUGAUUUAGUGCAUGAAGUUCUGAUGAAAGUCCAUCUCUGGGAAGAAUAUAAAGCUCAUUCUGCAUCCUAAACUUCUGAGAAGAGUCACAGUGGUUAAGCUAUGGUGUACAGUUCUGAUUUGUGGUGCAUAUGAACUCCUCAGUUCAGAUGUCAUGGCAAGCUACAGUUACAAUGAACCAGGAAGUGAAUUGCAGCAUGCAAGGGAAUUCUGAGGAACAGUCCUGUCAACCAAACCAUGGUUUGACCAGUCUGCUGUGGCAGCAGCAGUGAAAGAUAGCACAUGUUGGUGGACAUUUGCAAGACAGGCAUAUGAACAUUGAUGGACAUUUUUACAAAGUGCAAGAACGUUGACCUCUUCAAGAAAAGCUGCCUUUAGGUAGAAAAUCCUCUUAGGCUUCUCCCACAAAGAGAAUCCAAUCAGGAAAGCUACUGUUCUUAAGCACCUUGGAUGCGAUUCCAUUAAGUGGAAGGAGAGUAGUUAAACCUACAUACACCAUGGCAUGAGCUUGGAUUAGAUAGCGAGGAAAGGGGGAUGACCUUGUCAUCAAUCUUUAUUUUGUUCACUUUACUAUUCACAUCCCCCCCUUUAAGCAAUUAGGUAGUUCUCAGCCACCAUGCUCUUUGCUGCAUGCUACUGAUGCUAGGGUCAUUUUUAAAAAACUUUUUCUUGCUCUUUGGCAUAUGGGAGUAGAGCCCAACUGAUACUCUUUGAUGAGGUAUACUUUCAUCUAAUGGAUUGGAAUUUUAUGGUAAAUAACAUUUCUCAUCUUCAUUAUUUUCAUCCACUGACACCCAAGCAGUGUGAUUUGACUAUAUAAUGUUCAUCAGUUCUGGAAUCUGCUGUGGUAUUUUAGGGGAACCUAUAAAAUUCCGUAUUAGACUGGGAGUUGUCACAUGCAGAAAUAGUGAUUUCUCUUCUUGAAGUCCAUUACUUUCCCAGCUUUGUAAAUAAGUCUACAAAAGUUCUGAGUUUCUAUAUAAGCCACAGAGGAAAGGAAGCCUUUCUGUAUAAGCCCCUCAACUGUGUUCCUCCUCUGCCAGCCCAUUUGGUAGAAGGCCAGUAGAAGGGUAGUUUCCUGAAUUUCCAUACUAGCCUGGAGGAAGGAGCUUUCUCUCCUCUGUGGCAAACAUAGAAACACUUCCCCUUCCUGCCCACUCACUUGCUGUGAUGAAAUUCUAGGUUGCUUAUGGUUACCAGAUGAGUUAUUAAAUGCAAGGCUGAGCUGUCAAUUUCUUCAUGUUACCAAUGACACUUUUAACUUUUCAUAUCAUUACUUUGGAGAAGGGACACUUGAAAAUCCUUCUGCCACAUCUAAAAAGAAACUUACUCAAGAAAAUUUAACUUCUCUGAUCAUGUCUGCAAAGCCAUCUCCUAAUACAAGUUUUUGGGUAUAAAUGAAUCCCAUUUUAAUUCAUAUCUUCAAAGCACCAUUUUUAUAAGAAGUAUUACAAAGUACAUUAUUCUUUUUUCACAUAGAUAAGGCAAGCUACACCUUAUGGAAAGGGCAGCUUUUAAACAGAGGGACGCUUGUAUGCCAUGCUGCUUUGAAAUCAGAAAUGCGUCCUUUGCUUCCCUGCAAACUGUAAGUAUUAAACUUUGAAACACAGACCUGAAAUCCUCAUUUAUUAGCCUAGAUUAUGUCAGAUCUUGAAGGUCUGGGAACGCUUCAGUUCUAUGCAUGAUGUGACCAGAUUUUUUGUUGCUAGAAAGUGUGUUUCUAUGCACACUUCCAACACUACUUCAAAAAAUGAUGUAAGAAUUAUAACCUUAGCUAAAAAUGUGACCAAUUGCUGCUGAGAUAAAAACCCCCUCAGAUUUCUUUAUUCUUUCAUCUUUAGACCUGAAAAGCUCGAUGUUGACAUGGUUAUGAACAUUGAACACUUAAAGCACGUCUUUCCACGUGUGUUGCAGAAAGAAAUAUAUUCGGGAGAAAGGGAAGGUAAAGUCUCUUCUAAUUAAAAGAAAACAUUAUUUAUCCAGAUAAGUAUUGUCCCUAAUGGAUGCCUUUCUGCAUUCUUUUUGUUGCUCAAGUCACUGGCAAACAUAGGGUGAUAAAGCAGUAGGGUAGAUUGUUAGAAAACAAGUGGCGAAUACACCCAACUGAACAAAGGCUAGAGCUCAUUUUAGAGUUCACUCCGUGGCAUUGAUGGUGGCAAAGAUGCAAUACAUUACCAUCACUACUGCAUCAGCACAGUAUUGUUCAAGAGAACCAUUUCAAGUAGUACUGAGUCUCUCUAUGGACUUGCAGGAAGAUCAGAGAACCCUUAACAGCUCACUGUUGCAUUUACUAAUCACUUGGCUGGUAUUCAUAGAAUCAUACAAUUGUAGGGUUGGAAGGGACCACAAGAUUCAUCUAGUCCACCCCCUUGCAACGCAGGAAUCUUUUGCCCAAUGUGGGGCUAGAACCUACAAUCCUGGCAUUAAGAGUCCCAUGCUCUACCAACUGAGCUAUCAUUCACAUCUGAUCCAACUUGAGGGUUGAAUGCCACAGCUGCUGUAGAAGUAACGAAAGUAAGAGUCUAAGUCUGUCCGCAUCUUAGGCUGCAAUUCCUGAAAUUCAUCCAGAUAUUGCCAACGUUUUUGAUGGGAUAAGGCCCGCCAUGUUUCUGCUCAACCAGUGCCUGUUGCAGUUGAUAACUUCUGAUGGAUGAUUGGGUUAGUUCAGAAGAUAAUUCAUGCCUCAUUGUGUCAAAUCUGCCUAGAGGAUGCAGCUGUGCAGGCACUCCUUAAGAAUCUGCUUUAGCCCAAGUUGACUAUGACUGGUCACAAAUCUCUCUUUUGGGAGCAAAUAUCUUGGGAUUAUUGGAUGAAACGGAGUAUCUAAGACCUCUUUGAAUCUGGAUACAGGACCAGUUUUGUCAUUGAAACUGCCUUGGUCACCCUGGUACCAAAGUGACAGCUACAGGAGAGUAUGACUUGUUGGUUAUUCUGGAUUUCUUGGUUUUUGCUCCUUCAGUACCAUCAGUCACAGUAUGCUUCUGAAUUAAGCUUUUGGAUUGUCCAUCUGGAAUGUCCGUGGGAGGCACCAUUUUGAGCUGGUUCUGCUCCUUCCUGGCAUAUAUAUUUUGGAUAAUGAUGGUGGAGAUGAUCUUCAUGCUGUUUAAUGUCUUUGUGAAUCUGCUGAUAGAGGUUGUUCGCAGCCAGUUGCCAUUAGUAUCCUUGUGACACCCUGUUCUAUUUCUCCUCAGCAUCAAAAUCCACAAAGACAGUGGAAGUGCUGAAUUGGUGCCUUGGGUCUAAUGGAGUAGAUGAGGGCUAAUACUGAAACUCAAUCUAGACAAGAUGGGAUAUACUGUUAGUGGGUGGUUAAGCGGAUGUGUAAAGUUGUGUCUUGCUCACUUUUGAUUAGGUUACACUUGUACACAGCUUUUUUUGUUGUUGGAUCCAACCUUUACUUGUAAGCAGUUACCAGCGCUUUUGUAACAUCCAGGUUAGAUUACUGCAAUGUGUUGCUUGUAGCGCUGCCUUUGAAGAUGGUUCAUAAAUUUUAAGUAGCUCAGAAUACAGCAGGCAGACUGUUGAUUUGAGUACACUGGCUUGAAUAUAUAUAACACCAUCUGAACAUAUUUAACACCAACUCUUUUCUUAGUGCCCUUUAGAGAUCAAAGGUUACUUUGUUGUUACUUUAGGAACAUAAAAUGUGCUUCGUAUAACUUGGUUUGCAUUCAGUAUAGUUUGGUGUAUUAAAAGUACAGCUCAUUCAGACAAUUAUAAGCUGAAUUUGCUUUUUAAUUGUAAAUGGAGUUACAAAAAGAUGAAGUAUAAGGAACUUACUUGUUUCAUUUUGCCAGUUUAUGAGUAGUAAGCAGAAACCAGUAAAACCAGAAGAAACCAUCAUUAUAGUAAAACAGUGAAUAUGUAUUCUAAGAAUGAUUAUGUGUUCUCCAGCCUUCCACAGCGUGAAGCAGACAUACAGCACUCAUUUCUGUGAAAAAAACAGAGGGUGUGUGUGGAGAAGAAACAAAGUCUCCAUGAAUACUACAUGAAAUUUAAUUAGUCUCAUUUUGUUGCGAAGGUUACCUAGAUGCCUGUUCAUUGUGUGAUCAAAGACCACAUACGCAGCAAUUGGAGAAAUAGAAAGUAAAAUUUAUUGCUGACAGCAAUAGGUCCAGUGGAGUUCCCUCCCAAGGACUGGACCCUGAUCAUUUGUGCUCUGGGCUUAUAUACCUUUUUCCAGAUAGCUGUAGGCAUUACAUAUUCAUAAACUGCAGCAAAAUUAAAUCAAUAAGCUUGGACACCACCCUUCCUAUAUCCUCCUAUGUCCAUAUAAAGAUUUCUUCUGCUUUCCAUAUAAUUGCUCAUUAUAUUAGUAAUUACUCAUAUACUGUUAUCAGCAAGCAAAGCAAAAAUCCCCGUUUGGCAGACAAAGCCCCCCAAAACCCCUCCUGUUAUCAGACAUCCUGUGUCCUAUGUGGAAAGCACCCAACUUGGACAUCCUGUUUCACUGAACAUUGGGUUAUGAUGACCGUCUCAGACCAUCUCAUGACUAUGAUGGAUGUCUUCCUUGCAAAUUGCAAAUGCAGCUAAAUGCAUAUAUGUUUCUGCUAACACAGCAAUAAGGCUAAGAGAAAGGCACAGGAUUGGCUUUUUAGAAUUAGGCACUUUAGGCACAAUAAGAUAAAGUGAGGCACAACUAUAUAUACAAGGCACAGUGAUAUACCUGUAUGCUUUCUUUAGGGGGCCUUGCCACAAUUUUGUGAGGCGUUUCUACUUCAUCAUAUUUAUUAUGGACUUCUAAAAACUGGACUUUCUCUUAAGUCCUUUGAGGCUUAGUCAAAAGCAUAGAAACAAAUCUACCAAAUAUGCCAACAAGAGGAAGCCCACAAGCAAAUAAGGCACUGAAUUCUUCUUCCUUCUCUUGUAACAGUGGCAGUGCCCGCCAAGAGUCAGAAAUGCAUCUUCUUACUCUAUCUGAGAGUUUUAGUGUACAACAGGACAUGCUUGCCCUCAUUGUAUACGAAUUGUGAAGAUUUGCUACUAUACAUACUAUACAUGGCCCUACAGAAAAAUCUUCCUGUUAACAUAGCUUUUAGAAAUCAUUUUGGGGGUGUAAAUAUAUGAAGACUUAAAGGGUGUUUAACAAUCAUUCUAAAAGAAAAUAUUUCAUCAUCCAAACUUCCCCAAUGUUUCCAGGGUUUCCUUUGGCAAAAAAACAAGAAAGGUUUUUUUUUGGGGGGGGGAGUGUCCCUGCCCCAAUUUUUUUCUAGCUUUCCCCCCAGGCCUUCAUAUUAGUAUCCAGAGACCCUCUUCUAAGUAUCUAUGCCACAAUCUCUACAUAGUAGAGAUUGCGUUAAUGGUGUCUGGGAGUAGGACCUCUUGUUUAUGGAAUGCCCUCUUGUGAGUGAUGCAUUGAAUAUAGAAUGCCAUAUCUGAACAGCUUGAGAAUGACACCAACAUUUCUUUUAUUUUGAUUGCAGGUGAAACUUUUUCCUAACAAAUAAUUUUAGUGGUUUGUGGUUUUGUAUGCUCUACUUUUACUGAUUUUUUUUUUAAAAAAUGUACAUGAGAAAAAACUUUAUUUUGGAGUAAACUUUAUAGUUAUCUGUUGUUUUUGUUACUCGUUGUUAACCGUCUUUCGUGAACUAUUUUAAAAUAGAAAACCAGUUUGAACAUGUAUGUUUAAAUAAUAUAUAAUGGCUUGGAUCCUAUGUAGUUCAAGCAGAAGGAAGAUAACAUGCAAGAGGACUUUCCCAUCCCACCCCCAUAUGAUCCCCUCCAACCCUCUCUGAGCAGUCUGGGAUCCUCCUAAACAAUGUGGGGGGGGUGGUACUGGGAUGGGAUUGCCCCCAUAUCAUGCAGGGCUGCCUUGUGCAAACAUACAGAGUUCAUACAAUGUAGUUUUGUUUAACUUGGGCAAUUGGCUUAAUCUACAGCAGUCCUAUGCUGUUCAGAAGGAUCACCUUACCAGUUGAGAGGUAUUUUGGGGAGUGCAAAGGAAGGAGAGGAUCUGAAUUCCAAAUACCAUAUAUACUUGAGUAUAAGCCGACCCGAAUAUAAGCCGAGGCACCUCAUUUUACCACAAAAAACUGGGAAAACUUAUUGACUCGCGUAUAAGCCGGUUCACCACACCACAAACCUCCUGGUGGGCCAGAGUGUGUUUGCGCACACGGCAGAGGGGGCUUCUCUCUCCUCCCCAGCCCUUCCUGUCCCCCUGCCUGCCUAGGGUGCUGCCGAGAGGCAGAGGCUGGUGGCGGCAGCAGCGGAGGAAGAACAAGCAGCCUGAAAGGGCUGCUUUCGGGCUGGCUGCUCGUUCCUCCUCCUCCGCCGACAACAGCCUCUGCCGCUCGCUUGGGUGGGACCCUCACUCAGGUAUAAGCCGAGGGGGGCUUUUUCAGCAUAAAAAAAGAAGUCAGAUUAUACACGAGUAUAUACGGUAGCUUCUGCUUGUGUUACUAAAAAUCCAAGCCAAUACGGACAGAUAUUUGCUUGCUUUGUCUCUUGGCAGAAGGGACUAAUAGAUGCUUUUCUUUUUACAUUUUCAGAGUACAGGAAUGGAAUGUAUUGCAGUCUGUAUGAAGUUGUGGAAAAGACUAGAACUGGAAGUAAUUUGGAAGGUUUACUUCAAAAGCUAGAGACAGACAAACUAGUGAGUAGAGCAUCUUUUCAUAACUUUACUAUGUGCACAGUUACUCCACUGAGAGAGGUUCUGAGAAUGAUUUGGUCAGUUCAUAUUUUAUGAAAAUACAUCAUGAGCAGACAAGUGCCUGCUGUCUUGCUCCACACUUUAAGAGUUUAAGAAGAGCUUGUUGGAUCAGGCCAAUGGCCCAUCUAGUUCAGCAUCCUGUUCCCACGUGGCUGACGAGAUGCCUGUGGGAAGCCUUCAAGCUGGACGUGGAUGCAAGAGUGGGUGUUCCAAAUUUAAUAUGCAUCAUCUAGAAUUAGGGGCAUCAUUUUUAUGUUGUGUGAAUUGUGUAAACUUCUUUUUUCAGGUUAUUGUAAAACCACUUAUAGACAGGGGAUAUCUCUUGCUGCUUUCUUCUUAUCAAAUGGCUUCCCCAUAUGGUAUGCAACUUGUUUCUUCUUCAGCAAUUCAGAUUUGUUUCUUUUAAUUAGCAGCUUCAUUACUUUACGGUGUGCCUUUUUUUUUCUUAAUUCAGACAACAGAAAGCCUCACAUUCUGCAGGCAUUGUUUCUGUUUCGGAAUCCUAGAGGUGUUGUGACUUCAGGUAAGUGUUAAUCUUUAAUGUACCAAUUUAUUAAUUGUUAAAUGUGUUAAGUCCCACUGCAACCAUAUAAUAAGAAAAGUGUAAAAACCUUUAAAAAUAAUUCCAUAUAUAAAAAUGCAAAAAUAAAAACAAUUCUCUAUUUAAAAAUAAAGUCAGUAGUUCCAGUACAAGUUAAUUGUUCUGGUAAAGAUCUCCACUUAAAAGGUUUCUAGCUGUAAUACUAUUGAUGCAGUAAUAGCAGGGCUGGCCCAUUCAUGAGGCAAGGUGAGGCGACUGUCUCAGGUGGCAGGUUCCACAGGGGCAGUGGAUCAGCCUCAAGAAAUGUAUCGCCUUCUGUUGCUCCCGCGGUGGCGGCAGCAGCAGCAGCAGCAGCUUUAGUGCUAUAGAUCUGAAAUUAGCUCUGGAAAGGCACAAAACCUGUAUGUGUGCCUACUCCAGUGAUCACCUGAAGAUCUACUGUUACAGGUAAGCAGCACAUCUUAAGCUAUGUUAGUAGAAUACAGAGAACCUUGCCAUAGAGCAAUGCUGAUGAGUAAUGAGAAGAGAUGCUGAUGCUUUAUUGCUGCUUGUCUGUUUGUGGUAGCAAGGAAGAGUACAGAGCAAAUUACCUAUGAAUUAUACGGUGUUAGAAAGUGGAAGCAGAAGGGGGCUAAGAGUAUUCAGGUGCUUGAAACAACAGAUGUAUAGAGAUACAAUGACAUACCAAGCAUGGAAGACAGAAUAAUUAUUUGUUGUAAGCCACCCAGAGAACAUUUUGUUGGGCAGCCUAAAAGCACAGAAACUAAAUAAAAAAGUUGGAGGAACGUGUGAUAGUCUGAAAAGGAAGGUGGCUUCUGGAAUUUGAAUGGUCCAUUCGAUAAGAGCAGGAUGCUUUCAUUGCUGGGAAGGUGGAUAUGGUUGCCACAACAAUACAACACAUUACAAAUAAUCAUUAAAAGCGCUACAUAAAGCUUGUAUGGAAUUUUCCUGUUUAGAAUCAUUUAGAGUUGAUACAUACUCUCCAUUGGCUUAAUCACAGAGGCAGGGGACCUGUAGCUCUAAAUAUAUCGCUUCACUACAAAUUGCAUCACCCUUGGCCAUUAGAAAUGCUGUAAGAAGACAACUGAUAGCUCAUAAAAGUUAUACUCAAAAUCAUGAGAUAUUCUUAGAUACAAAUAUGGGAAGAAAAAAUAUUUCUGAUAGUCCUCUGCUAAUGCAAAUUGCUGUCUUAUAAUAUAAUUGGAAUUUGCUUUUUAACCCCAAGUGAGUGUGGUUUAAUGGCUAGGCCUUGGGGGGACAAUGUUCAGAUCCUUUACUCAGCCAUGAAGUGGACUACAAGACCUUGUGUCUGUCACUAUCAUUCAGUUUAACCUAUCUCAAGUUUUGAAGAUAAAGUGGUGCAGGAGAACUGUAUAUACUAUUUUAAACUCCUGGGGGGGGAGAUAUAAGUUAAAAUAUGUAUUAAUAGUUGUGUUGCUUGCUUAAAUGACUGAUUUUUCUCUCUUGCAAUUGUCUUUCUGCUUUUAUUUUGAACACAGUUCUAAAAAAUGAACAGAAAAGUGCAAAUACGUUAUUAACGCAGGAAGCCCAUGUGGUCAUGCCGGAAUUUACAAGAUUUAUUCAGUCGCUACAUUAUGCUUAUAUUCAUUCUCGUAAAGACACUAAAGUAGACUUAAAUACUGCGGUGGAAAAGCAUAUAAAUGACUAUCUGAAGCGAAACAGUAAAUUUAAUAAAGAGUUCAUUUUAUAUAAUUAUAGCACAGUCUUGGAUGAGAAAAAGCACCUAUAUCCUGCACCAAAAAACAAAUCCAAUAUUGAAAGCGCCUUACGCAACUACAUUUUUGGUUCAGAAACCUACCAGAUGUCUGUUUCUAAAGCAAAAAAAAUUAUGGAUGGAAAUCGGAAGCCUCAGCAGUUUAGUCCUAUUUCAGAUUAUGAAGCCACAGAGGAGGAAUCUGACUACAGAAAGAGAAAAGCUAGGAAAAGAAAUGGUUCUAAAUGUGAAACUGUAGUUGCCAAGAGAAAACCUGGUGACCCUGGGGAUUAUGAUCAAGAAAGUAUCAAAAAGUUGAUUAACUUAAUUCAGUGUACAAAGAAAAAUGUAGAUAGAGACUCUGACACGGAAGACAACAGAAAUGAAAGCAGACUGCAAAUUAAGAUAGAGAGCCCACAGAAACAUUUUCAAACUAGUGAGUCCUCAGAAAACAUUUGUCAGCAUGAAGGUAAGAGCUUUUGUAAGCUACUUUCAGUCUAUGAAAAUGUUGUCCUUUUAGUGUGGCUGCGGCUGUGCUCUGGAACUGCCUGCGUAUUAAAAUUAGGCAGGCACCUUCACUAUACUGUUAGUUUCAGCUGAUCUAUCCAGACACAUGAUUUCAUUAGAUUUGCAUUAAUGUUUUAUUAAUGUUUUUAUGUAUUGUUGUUUAGUCGUUUAGUCGUGUCCAACUCUUUGUGACCCCAUGGACCAGAGCACGCCAGGCACUCCUGUCUUCAGCUUUGCAUAUUUUAGUCCUGUUCUAUAUAGAAUUGAACGUGUGUACUACUUGUAGAUACAUAUUCUUUGAGCAAGCAGUUUAUAAAUUUUAUAAAUUGUAAUAAUAAUACUAAUUUAUUUGUAUUGGCUAUGUCAACUAACUAAAGGAUGGCAAAUAACUUUUAGCAUAACUUCAUGUUUUCCCCAAUUCCCCUUCUUUGGUUUCUAGGGGGCAGAGCAACAGAAUCGCUUCUUUCAAUUAUACAUGACCUUGGUGGACAUGAUACAGAUUUGAGGCAGCAAAAUGUUGCUAAUACUCCCAGUAAUGACGUAUAUGGUUUCCUAAAGCGGAUUUCAGCAAUAAUUAAUAAGCAAGAUUCAGCAGAAAGCUAUUCAGAGCAACAGGUUGAAUACAACUCAAUUCUGCCACAGAUCAAGAACUUUCUUAAUGCUUCACAUGUUGAAAAUGUUCAAAGCCCAAAGUUGGAAGUGAAUGCAUCAUGCUUGCCUUAUUCUUCUGAUGUUUCAGCUAGUGAAGUAGACAUUGAUCAUGCCCAACAUUUAAAAGUAAGAAUCUCUUUAAGAAUAUUAGAAACUGCUUCUAAAAUUUCAGUGUAUGCAUUUGGUGUAUAUAAAAUAGGAGUUCUUUUUAGCAUUUGUAUUUGUGGCUUCUGGAUCUCCAGUUUGACUGUUACAGUGGCCCAACUCCUGAAACAGUGAAAAGUAAAGGGGUAGAUUGAACAAGACCAAUGCUAAAUUCUCUUAUUCAUGCAGUUCUGAAUUAUAGUAGUGGUGGGGGCAGGGGGCGGGGUAGGAAAUAAGAAUGGUAUAAGGUUGAGGGUAGUUUGCCAUGAAGAAGUUCUGCUGUAAUGAACAGCUGCAUUUGUGUCCAUUGAAUUUAUACUUUGAGGUGGAAAAGCACUAACAGCUUUAACUGGAGACUGAAGAAUAAUCAUCAACCUAGAUGCUGUGUGUUCUCUCCCCUUCCCUAUUCAGCAUAAGUAAUAUUCUAGAUGUAUACUCCCUGUGACUCUUUUGCUGAUAUGUGUGGGUAUUUUAGUAAUUUGGUUAAAUAGUAAAAUGAGAAUUCCCUGGAUGCCUAGAUCCAGUUUUGGAGCAAGCACUCUUUGGUGAUUAAGCGCCAUCAGAGAUUUACAAUCACAAAACAUGCAGCAAAAUAAAGUGUGGAAAUAGACCUUUAAAAUAUUCCUUUCUAAGUUGUUCCCAAAGUUUCCCACUUCCCUUAGCAUUGAAAAAGACCACAUAUUUGGUAAGUUAAAAAUGAAUUACCUACAAACUCUUCAAAGGUCAGCUUCAUGUGCUUUUCCAUAGAGUAGCAAGAAAAGACAGGCAGUUAAACUUAGUUUCAAAAUUGGUAAAUGUUUCGAAAUUAUUUGUAUAGAAACACAAAGGUGGCUUGCUAAAGUCACACGGUCUAAGCUUGGAGCACCCAGCUUGGACAUCCUUACUGGUCGAUUUCACAUGGUGGAAAAAGAGACAACAAAGGUUUUGAUUACCCUUCCUCCCAAAGUGAGCAGGUAUGACUUACCAAAGCCUAGCAGAACAGCUAUGGUUUUAACCCCUUCAUGUUUUAAUUAGACUGAGCAUCUUGGUUAUAUGAGGCUGGAUUUAUCCCACACUCUGUUCUUUUUUUAUGGAGAAGGGCAUUUGAUCUCAGUGACAAGUUUAAUAAAAUUUCCUUCCCCAUUCUGGUGGGAAAUGUCAUCAGACUCUACUAUUGAGGACCAUAAUAACACUUUUCAUGCUGGGUUAGGAAUCUGGAAGGGAAAGAAGAUAGACUUCUUGGCAGAGAUGUUUGGCUAUGGCAGCAAAGGGAAGAGAAGGAGAGUCCCCAUGUAUGGGGUGGGUGGGUUCAUAAGUAAGCAGAGCUUAGAAGGGAAUUAUCCCACUCUUUCAUACACAGGUUGACUUACAGAAGGGCUGUAGCAGCAAAGGAUCCAAAAGUCCCCUAAGCUACGUACCCACUCCUUCAGAGGGAGUACAGUGGACGCUCGGGUUGCGAACGUGAUCCGUGCGGGAUGCACGUUCGCAACCUGCAGCGCCACGUCUGCGCACGUACGGGUUGCGAUUUGGCACUUAUGCGCAUGCGCAAAGCGCGAUUUAGCGCUUGGGCACAUGCGUGACCGCCGAAACCCGGAAGUAACCUGUUCCAGUACUUCCGGGUUUUGUCGGUCCGUAACCCGAAAAAACACAACCUGAAGCGGCUGUAACCCGAAGUAUGACUGUAUAACCCCAUCAAGAGCAGGCAAGUUCCCAUACAUCCAGUCUAAGGAACCACCCACUUCAGUCUUAUCGGGAUUGAGUUUCAGUUUGUUCACUCUUAUCCAGUCCAUUACUGAGGCAAGACAACAAUCCAGCACACCAACUACUACACCUGCAGAUGUAAAGGAGAAGUAGAGUUUUCAUAGUGCUGAUAACAUACUCCAGACCUCCAGAUACUCGGUGGUUUCAUGUGGAUGUUAAACAGCACAGGGGAUAAAAUUGAGCCCUGAGGAAUCCUGCAUUGAUGCAUUCUGGAGCUGAAAAGCAUUCCCCAAACAUCACCCUCUGGAAACGACCAUCCAAGGACCAGAACCAACACAAAGUAGUGGCACCUACCCCUAACCAGAACAGCAACUAUGGGAAGGAUGUCAUGGUCAGUGGUAUUGAAGGCCGCUGAGAAGUUGAGAAGAGGAACACAUUUCCCCUGUCUCUCUCCUGACAGAGAUCAUCAUACAAGGUGACCAAAACAGUUUCUGUGCCAAAACUGGGCUUAAACCCCGAUUGAAAUGGAUCUAGAAAAUCGGUUUCCUCCCAGAGCACCUGGAUCCUGGUGCACAGCCACCUGCUCAAGAACCUUGUCCAAGAAGGGGAGAUUGGCAGCUGGCCAGUAGUUACUUAGAUUUUUUGAACCCAGAGAGGGUUUCUUGAGGAGUGGUUUUACCACUACCUCCUUCAAGCAAGCAGGACCCCACCCCCUCUUACAAGGACGUAUUAAUCACUUCCCUGCUAGUUUUUGUCAGCCAAGAAGGAAAAGUGUUCAAAGUGCAAUUGGUCACCCUUAUCAAUCCAGGCACCUUGUCCACGUCCUCAAGCUUUACUAACUGAAACUCAUCCAACAGAAGAGAACUAGAUAGUGCUCUGGAAACCCCUUGAGAUUCAUCUGCUGUAACAGAGUCAAGAUCCUGGUGGCUGCAAGUGAUUUUGUCCUCAAAAUGCUGUGCAAACGAAGUCACAGCAAGCCACUGUCUGUUCCACCACCUCCAGGCCAGACUGUAAGAGGCCCCACGCUACCUGGAAAAGUUACCAAAUGGCACAAUGAGGUUGCGAUGGAGGCAGCAAAGUGUGCCUUCUUUGCUGACUUCACUGCCCCUAGGUAGGCUUUAUUAUGAGCCCUCACCAGUGUUCGAUUACAUUCAACCCAUGUUUUUCUCUUACGUUCGAGCCAUCUCCCAGCUUGUUUCAUCACUCCAAGCUUUGGAGUAUACCAAGGAGCCAAACAGGCUCUAUGAAGCAGGGGAUGGUGCUCAUAUCAACAGCCUGAACCAUUCAGUUGUUCCAGAGGUCACCCAGUGCUUUGACAGAAGUGCCAGUCAUAUAAUCUGGGAAUCCUCCAGAGCCACCUGGAAAUCCACUGAGUGAGGGAGGCCUGGCAUUCAGCAACAGAAGUUGCGGACCCAAGGGCUGACUGAUAGGACAGCUGCACUUCCCCAGGUUAAAAGAGGGGGUCUGGCACGCAACAGUCACUAACUGCCUAUGCCGUGUGCCUCUUACCCGGUCAACUUAAUCUCCUACACUUUACCUCCCCCUACCCUGAGCCACUGUGAUUGGCUCUCCUCAGCUCCUUUCUUCCCAGGCACAUCCCACGUCUUCAGUUAAAAAGCAACAAAACCUCAAAUUUAAAACAUUCGGGUUAAGCAGUUAAAAACAAUUUUAAACAAUAGGGGUGAUAAUAAUAAUAAAACCCACUAAGCAAUAACCCAACCCGAUGAGCCAUUUACAAGUUCUAAGUAAAUAAAGAUGGUAACUGAUUACACCUUAUUGAUGGGCCAGUUUUAAAGGUCCUUCACCCAUAGUAUCUGCGUAUUUAUUUGUUUUGCUUGUUUACAUUUCUUUAAUGUAUGCAUUUAUUAUUCAAUUUUGUUAAUUUUUUGUUUUCAGUAAUGGCAAGACUCAGUCUUUCUGGUCUCUUUUGCCUUUUUGCCUUUUCCCUUUAUUUCAGAAGUUUUAUUUUGCUUUCAUGAAGAAAGGGGUUCUGGAAGUUCACAACUGUUUCAUGUAAUAUAAUCUAGAUUUAUACUGGUUGAUAAUAGAGACGAGUUACAUUACUUUGUUCUAACUGGUGUGAAAUCUGAAUUUGUCAUUAACUAAACUGGAUUUCAAGGGGUUGACUGUUCCUCACGUUGUUUUGGAGACAAAUUCUUCCUAAAGAAUAAGCUCUUAAAUGCUGGGAUUUCGGAGUAAACAUGCAUUGGGCUGUGGGAAUGUUUUUUAUAAGUAGUUAAACAGCAAGUGCUUUGAUGUAAAGGCAAAAUUGUUUUCAUAGAGACGCUUAAAAUAUUUUUACAUUGAAAUGGCUAAAAGGUAACAAGUUAGAAUUAUCAAUUGAGACUACUAUGUGUUUGUUUAGGAAACAAGCACUGGAAGUAUAAGUAGCUUUGAAGGUGGUAGCCCAUGUCCUAGCACACCCAUUGAACAUACUUCUCAUAGACAGCAUUCCGGCUUAUACAACGUUGAAUCAACUGAAAUGCAAUGGAAGCUGAUUCCUAUCACAGGUAAGUAACAACUUUAUAAAUAUAAAACCUAAAGUUUUGUCUCUUUCUGAUACCCAGUUCUUAAAAUGGCAAAAGGGAUGUGUGCAUACUAUUACAUAUUCCAGUAAUAUUUGAAUUCUGAUCAGGUUAUUCUGAUAGUGUUUAUGGCAGUGAAAACCACAUUUUCAGACCAUCUGUGUAUAUAGUAUUAUGACUAAGCCUCAUGUUAUUUAAGCAAAUAAGCAAUAACUGUUGAGAUUAUAUCUACUGGUUCUAUCAUAUACAGUACAGUAUAUCUUUCUGGAAGUGGGCACAUUAGGAUUUUAUGACUGAGGGAGUAAAGUUGGAAGACACCGAGCAAACCAUAAAAUCUGUGUCUUCAGAUAGUUUUGGGGUUGAAAGUAAUGUUUUGCCAUAUGCUGACCUACUCGUGGAUGGUCUGGCUGUAGAUUAAAAUUAGUGCUAUCUACCAGCAAGGGCUUCACUAUUACAAGGGCAUACAGUUGGCACAGCUGUGUACAUUACACCACUCAAAGGGAGUAUAUGCUAUCUCUUACCUUGAAUUCUAGGUGUGUGUUUUUUUGUAUGAGUGAAACUAGGCAAAUGUUUUACCACACCUUCAAAAUAUGAAAAGGUGACCAGAUAAAAUUGCUUCAUAGGCUGGAUUUGGUAUAGAGGUUGCCAGAAGACCAUUGCUAAACUGACGUAUUACAUGCAAUCUCAGGCAAACCUUUUAAAACCUUGGCUGAGGGCUAGUACAAAACCUUUCUAGGCAACCUCUGUGUCCAGUGUAAUAAUUUGAGGGCAAUACUGAACCUUGUAGGAGCAAGCUUUACCGAAGCAAGUUUGCCUUGCAAGGUACUCCAGCUUUUCCUACUUAUUUGUCAAUUGUUACCGUACCCUUUUCAAAAAGCUCCGGAGUUGCGUAAGCAUUUUACCAAAAGGAGAGACAGAUGAAUUCUGAAAGAUUCUCUUUUUUACUGCAAUUUGUCCAGUGGGGUGCCUUUUUAUUGUUGCUUCUCAUUAUUUGAACUGUUACCUAUCUUUUAAAAUGCUGUUUUGAUAUUUGGAGGCAUAUUUGUUUCAUCAAACAGCAGCAACUGGUUCUACUUGCUUUUGGUGGUAGUUUCCAUAUUUGUAUUAAAGGCUUGAAAGAAAAAGUCUUGAAUAGCAUAUUCUACAUCAUAUUUUUCACUGAGAAGCAGAGAGUAUUUGAUACAAUCUUGGUGUGGGAGCAGCAGUGGCAUGGUUAGGUAGCUCAAGCCCCAGUGCACCAAAGCACUUAAAAUGGGGAAUUCCCAGUCUGCUGCCUUUUGCAGUUUUAACAGAUGUAAUGAAUUCUGGAAUUCAGAUCUUUCCCAGAAUGAAAAGAGACCUAUGAUACCCAAAUAUGUUGGAAAUUAAUACCAAUAAUUAGUUUUAUACUCUCUAAAGUGGGCUAUCUUAAAUUGGUGCUGUAGUAUCUUAAAUUGUAGUGCUGUAGUACAUCUUGAGAAACUCUAACCUUGCUAACUGCUGCUCUCCCUCAGGAGGGGUAGGAAGAGUUCCUGAAGAGCACCUGAGAAAACAUGGAGAUAACCAAACAGGUGAGAAGGGUGGCCUUUAUUGCAUAUGCUCCUUGCUAUCUAGAUAGCUUAAAAAAAACAACAGUUCCUUGGUAGCCCCCUCCCCAAUAGAGUUAAGGAAGUGAAUCCACCAAAGCAAGUAUAUUCAGAGUUUGAAACUUGAGAAAUACAGUUGAAUUAAGGCACCCAGGUAACAUGGGAGCAACUGUAGUUACAAUCCUUGAUGCAGGAUGUGGGUGGUGCUGUGGUCGAAACCACCGAGCCUCUUGGGCUUGCCGAUCAGAAGGUCGGCGGUUCGAAUCCCUGCGCCGGGGUGAGCUUCUAUUGCUCUGUCCCAGCUGCUGCCAACCUAGCAGUUCAAAAGCACACCAGUGCUGCAGCGGGAAGGUAAACAGCGUUUCCGUGCACUUUGGUUUCUGUCACGGUGUUCCGUUGCACCAGAAGCAGUUUAGUCAUGCUGGCCACAUGACCCAGAAAGCUGUCCGUGGACAAACGCUGGCUCCCUCGGCCUGAAAGCAAGAUGAGCACCGCACCCCAUGGUUGCCUUUGACUGGACUUAACUGUCCAGGGGUCCUUUACCUUUUUACCUAUAACCCUUGAAGGUAAUUCCAAAUGCAUCAGUCAUAAUAGAGAUUGCUAGUUUUUAACAACAAAGCUUUGCUGUUGAAUAUUGAAUGUUCAUAAAGUCCAUUGUAAAAUUCUCACUGAACUGCUUUGGUACCUUAACAGGCAGUUGUUAUAAUUGAUAGAGCUGUAUGAAAUAUACAAAGGGCCAACAUACAUAUUGUGUUAAUAUAGAUAAUCAUGUAAUUUUUAUAUAUAGCGUAUCAAUUUCCAUCCUAUGAGGCAUAUACACUUCACAUAAUAAAUGUGUUUAAUUUGUGAUGUUCCGUAUCGUGUAUAAAGAAUAUAGAUGAAUUUAUUUGUAGUUAAGUUGUUCAUAUAUCACUUUGCGGAGCCCAACCCGAAAAUGCUCAACCUGAAGCAAUUUCAACCCGAGUUAUGACUGUACAACAUACCAGACGGGACUUACCAUUGAUGUUGCCUUUGCCACAAGUGAUAUGAGGGAUGGACUGAGGAUAAGGGGAGUGCAGUGCACUUCCUUGUCAUGGUCAGAACAUUAUCUGGUUAAGAUUGGAUGGACAAUGGCAAUUCUCCCCUGUAAGGGUGGUGGGCCUAUUUAGGUGCCCUCAGAGGUUGAUGGAACCUGAUGAGUUUCUGCAUACUCUGGGAAGUCUUCCAGUGGAGAAAGCUGAAGAUCCUGUUGAAUUCCUGUUCUCAUGAUGGAAAAGCAAGAUAAAAUGGGCAGUUGAUGCAAUCCUAUAUGGCGUUGUGGAGCCUGAGCAGCCUCUUGGUAUUUUGAGGAGCUCUGGAAUAUGAAACAAACUGGAUGUGGACUAGAACAGAAGUGGCACAUCUUGCCACUUUAAUCCAAUUUAAAAAAAAAUUUUAAAGUCUGAUUUAAAUUUUUAAAAAUCCACCUGAACACCUGUUGGACCACAUAAUCGUGCCUAUUAUGUAGCAGUGCAGGAUGCAAAAAAGGUCAUUUCACAGCUUGCAUUGCAUCCUCUAGUAGCCAGCUGGCAGAGUUAUUUACGAUGUCCAGAGACUAUUGAUACCCUCUGUGGGGGAAGGACCUUGCGGGCAUUCAGAGACCUUCUUUGACCAACUGCCUACAACUUUGAAGAUAGAUAAAGUCACUCUAUUUAAGAGUGCUCUUGACUUCACCCUUUUUGCUGCUCCAGCUGUGCAGUGCCACUAUCAAGGGUGUGUUGUGGAACCAGUUUCUGCUAAUACAAUCAUCUGAUGUAGACAAGGUGCUGGUGAUAAUAUGACCACAUGCCCUCUUGACCCCUCUCCCUCCUGGCUUAUUAAAUCUGGCAGAAGGGAGCUGACUGGAUGGUUCCAGAGCAUGGUUAAAAUUUCAUUGGAUGAGGGCAUGGGGCCCACUACCUUGGAAAGAAACAGUGGUGUGGCUGCUCCUAAAGAAACUGACUCAUUGCGCUGGAACAACCACCAACCAGUUGCAAAUACUCACUUUUGGUGGAAGAUGGCAGAGAGGGUUGUAGUGGGGCAACUGCAAGCAUUCUUAGAUGAUACAGAUUAUUUAGAUCCAUUCAAGUCUUGGUUCAGGCCUGGCUAUGGGACUGAGUUGGCUUUGGUCACCCUGAUGGAUGAUCUUUGCAGAGCAUGGACAGGAGAGCAACCUUGCUCCUGCUGCUUGAUCUCUCAUGUUGUCCUCCUGGACCAGCUCUGGGGAAUGGGAGAAUGCUUUUCAGCUCCCUGGCAAUUAAGUUAUGGGGUGCCACAGGACACUAUUUUAUUUCUGAUGCUAUUUGAUAUCUAUAUGGAGCAGCCAUUAAGAGUUUUUGGGGUGAGGUGCCAUCAGUAUGCAGAUGAUAUCCAGCUCUAUUUCUCCUUAACAUCUGAAUCAGAGGAGGCCAUGCAGUCCUUAGGGUGCUUGAAUGCAGUGGUGAGAUGGAUGGCAAAAAGCAAGCUGAGCUUGAAUCCUAGCAAGCUAGAGGCACUGGAUAAGUAGUUCCCAUGUCUGAGAAAUGGAUAAAUUGCCUACCCUGGAUGGGGUUCUACUGCCCCUGAAGGAGCAGGUUUGCAGGUGCUUCUAGAUUUAGCUUGUUUCAUUGGAGGCUCGGGUAGCGUCAACAGCUAGAAGCACAUUUUACCAACUGCAGCUGUUGUGAUAGCUACAACUGUUGCUGGAUGGGGGAAACUUGGCUACGGUAGCUCAUGCAAAGAUUACUGGAUUACUACAAUACACUAUGUGAGGCUUCCCUUGAGCUUGAUCCAGAAGCUGCAGAAUGCUGCAGCAUGAUUGCUGACAGCUGUGAGAUGGCGGAAGCAUAUAACACAUUUGUUCAGAGAUCUGCACUGGUUGCUGAUUUGUUACCACUGUACUCUAAAUAAAUACUUUUGUUCAGACAAGUUUGCUGGAAAUGUGUGUUUUUAAAUUGUAUUAACUUAUUGUUGAUUUUCGUUUUUGAAAAUGUUUUAAAUACUUGUUUUCAACUGUUUUUACGAAUAAUUUUAUUGUUUUAUUCUCUUUGUAAACCUAUUUAAACUUUUUUCAACUAAGCAUUGUUUAGUUUUUAGAAAUAAAACAAGGGAUGUUCUUGCUUGAACGGGGAACAAGUUGACUGUGAAAGCACCCUGGUAAGAGUAUUCUAGUAAGUAUACUCUUACUAGGAAUUGCAUACAAGAGAAGAAAGAGGAGAAGUCAAUACAAAACAAGACACAGUGCAGUAGUUUAGAUGCUUCCUCUGUAUUUGGGAAAAUAAAAUUGCAAGCAUUGCAAUGGCAGUAAAUAAAUGUUUGAUUGUGUUGUUUGGCAAUCUUGUGUUUCUUAACAAAUUGUAGCAAUGGGAUUUUUAGCUUUGUUGGAUUUCAUGAAAUGGGAUUCAGAGACCUCUAAAAUCUACAGGCAGACACAAAUAAUCUCUCAAAUGCUAAGAAAUAAAUCUUUCUUAUUUAUUUAUUUAUUUAUUUGCUUGCUUGCUUGCUUGCUACUAGUUUACUGAUCAAAGCAGAAUACAUUAAAUACUUUGCUUUUUCCUUUAUCCUACCCAAAUAGACAUGGUGGGUGAAAUCCAUUCAUGGUAGAUAAGGGAAAGUGACAGUUGCCGAUUUCCGCUUCUUCACAAAUCAGUUGCAGAUUGUUGGUCAACCUUUCAGAACAAGGUAGAAGGUAGUGUGGGAUCAGAAACCCUAGCCUGAGUAAUCCAUGUUGUUUGCUUUGUAAAUCUCUCAAGAGUUGACUCAUAAUUUUGUGAGUAACUUUUAAUAACAUAACACUAUAAAUAGUCUUUAUUGAAAAGUCUGUGUUUCACUGGCUGGAUCUACAGUGAUCUUCUCUUCCAACUCUAUGAUUCUAUGAUUCUAUUGUCAGGAGUGCUCUGAUGGUGUUUCCUGCUUGGCAGGGGGUUGGACUCGGUGGCCCUUGUGGUCUCUUCCAACUCUAUGAUUCUAUGAUUCUUAACACAAAAUAUAGCGUUCCAUCAUGUUUAAUGGCAGUUUCCCUUUGCCGGUGGCUCACUGCUCUGUACUGCCCUCUGGUGUCACAUUUUAAUAAUGCAUUUUAAAUGUUAUAAAUGAUGAGAGUAGAACCACCCACUAUUGUUAAAAUAGAACUGUAAAGAUUUGGAGGAAAGCAUGUUGAAUACUGACCAUGGUGACUUAGGAGAGUGGGGGAGAUUUGUGUUUGUGCAGUAAAAAGUUACAAAUACUAAUUUAUUUAAAAAAGCAAGUCCUAAAAUAUUUUUUGAAUAUAAAUAUUUUCUUUGGAAGUUGGAUUUUAGCACCAGAUAGUGUAUCAUGCCAAAUUUAACUCUUUUUACUAGCAUUUCUUUCUUGUCUUGUAUACCGUAUUUUUCGCUCUAUAACAUGCACCUGACCAUAACACGCACGUAGUUUUUAGAGGAGGAAAACAAGAAAAAAAUAUUCUAAACGAAACAGUGGAUGUAUGAUUUUUGUGGUUCAUGCUGUGGCCACAGACGUGAUCUGACGGUGAGUUUGGGGUAGCCCGAUGCAAAAAUCCCGAGGAUCCAUGUGGAUUGAUGCUUUGUAACCACGUUUUUGCGCCAUUGCAGCCCCAUGAAACAGUGGGUGCGUGUGUGUUUUUUGGUGCAGGCUGUAGCCAUGGAUAUGCUAUGUGAUCUGAUGGUGAACUUGUGACCCAGUGCAAAAAUCCUGAGGAUCCAUGUGGAUCCGUGCUUUGUAACCACGUUUUAAGUGCGGAAGGAAGGAAAAGCAUUCAAGGGACAAGGAGCACACAUGGGGUGUGUGGAGAAGGAUGCUGCUAAUAAUGCAGAAGAGGGGUUUAAGGGGAGAAGGAACACACAUGGGGUGUGUGGAGAAGGAUGCUGCUAAUGAUGCAGGAGAGGGGUUUAAGGGGAGAAGGAGCUCGCGUGGGGUGUGUGGAAAAGGAGCUUUUCGGCGAGCUGAGCGGGGGAGGGGAGGGAAAGAGCACUGUUGCUUUAAAGGAGCCAACCGGACAGCAGCCACUUACAGCAGUGUAAGCAGCUCCUUUCCUCUCCCGCUUUGCUCCUUCUCUCCCUCUUUGCUGCUUUACGCAGCUAAUGGCGAAUCCCCUGCAACCCAAGUCCUGCUCAGCGGAUCAGCUGAGACGCUGGGAGAAUCGUAAUUUCCCCCUCAUCCCGUGCCCUCCUGUCCCCAGCAGCCUUUUUAAAAACUUUUUUACUGGUUUUCACUGCGCUCGUGGCUCAGAGCCCUCCUGUGCCCUGCCGUCCCUCUGCAGCCUCAUUGCUCCGUUUAGAGAGCGUUGCUAGCUGAGGCUGCAGCAGCUGUUGCUGGCUACGCGGCGCUUUUCCGGCUCGCUAUGGCUCCCGUCUGUCCCUCCUCCCGUGUAAGCGGCUGCUGCCCGCUUUGCUGCCAUGGCUCUCCUUCCCUCCCUCCUCCUCGGUUCCUCCCCCUCCUCCUGGCUGUAAAGCAAGCAAAGCUAGAGCCAUGCAAAGCCCUGCAAGCGGCUCCCGCUUUGCUUGACUGACGGCAGCCAUGGCUCUGGUCGAGUGCAUUCGCUCCGUAACACGCACAGGCAUUUUCCCUUACUUUCUAGGAGCAAAAAAGUGCGUGUUUUGGAGUGAAAAUUACGGUAUUUCUCAUGUCGUUAAUCACUAGGAUGGGUUUAGGGCUAAUCAGCAAUAUAAAGGAAAUGACUGGAUUGUGUGCAUACUCCCUUCUCUUUUGCCUUGUGUAAAAGGUGUCAAGGGAGUGGUUAAAACAAAAGCUCACUUCCUUUCCCACGCUGUGAUGUAAACAGCUCCUGCUGUUUCCUGCCAGCGUGGCAACUGGUGGGGGCUGAACUCCCAACAAAAACUACCCCUCAGGUUCAUUUCUGGUAGGGAAUUCAAUAAGAAACGCAACUAAGGACUCCAGCAAAACAAUACCCUUCAUUAACUUUACUGCAGCAAAGGACAGUCCCAUAAGUACUACUCUUUUACAUACAGCUUACACCAUACUAAGUACGUAACUGGUUCCACAUUGUCCAUUCCACGUCAGCCAUGACAGGACACCAUGUUCUGGUCAAGAUGUCCCCUACAGGUCAUAUUUGAGAGCUUGGGUCAUUGAUGUUUGAAUACAGGUCAAGCUGACAAGGUAAGUCAGCAACCUUUGGUCAGUGCAGUAAACAGACACCAGUUUUCUCUGAUACAUCAAAAAGACAAUUAAUAUUUAACAACUAAAUCAGCUAAUAAAUCUUUCCAUUAUUUCUCUUUCUAAAUUAGGCACAAAGUUCAGGCUAGCUGUAAUUGUCAGGCCUGCAAUACUUUCUUGCAUUUUGAAGCCUAAGGUUUUGGGAUGCAGGAGGCAAAUCCUCAUUUUCCCUUCACAAAGGGGAAACCUACCACCUGGGAGGCAGUCCUGCUCUUUCAGUCAAGCAGAGCUCUAAUGGCUAAAGGGAGAGAAGGAAUUGAAAGCAUACAGUUAAAAGGGUUUCCCAAUAUUUCACUUGUUGAAAUAAGUUUAUUUAGAUAGAAGAUUGAAGCUGAUUUUUGUCCCACUGCUCUCUUAGGAAUUGAUGUUUUGUUAACUUGCAUGACAGUUAAACAUAAGGCUCCCCAAUAAUGUUAAUGAUUUACAAAAGUUUUCCUUCCUUGAAAAACUCACAAUUCAAUGAGAAACUGGCUCAGAGAUAAGUGUACUGUAUUGUUUGCUUAUCAAUUGUUGUGUGAAAAAUGAUGUGUUUAAACCACCCCCCCUUCCUUUUAUGGAAUGUCUAGUUGAAGAGGCUUUUGAGUGUUUCAUUUGCAUUCUGCAAAUUUGUUCGAAAGUUUCUAGUGCAGUAUAUAUAUUCUAUAUAAUAAAGUCCAUCCCAUGCCUUUCUAUACUGUACAAUAUUUAUUACAUUGAAUUCCCAUAUAAUUUUUACCUAUUUGGCACUUAAUGUAUUUUAACCUGUAUUGUCAAUCUAACCUAUUGACAAAGGUCUGCAUUCCUCACAUUAAGCAAUGUAGGAGGCAAACCUUGUUAUUUUCUUUUAUGAAAUAACAGAACAACUCUUAACCUUUUUUUAAAAAUAGUUGUUAUUAAAGAUUUUUUGUGUUACAAAACAGACAAAUAAAUGGAGAAAAGUACAAUUGAAGGAAAAGAGAGAGGGAGGGAGAGAGAGAUGGGGGACUGUUGUUCUUUCAUUCUAUUGCCUAGUGUUAGUGUAGGUGUUGUUCCUGCAUCGUGUGGAUAGGUCCUUUAUUUAUAUUGACAUUGCGAGAAGUUAGGGUGUCCAGAACUUGCUUGGUUGCAUUCAGUUGGUUGUAGCAACUGUUAACAUGUUGUAGUGAAUGGAAUAGGUCGCACUGUGUCCUUGGUUGUGGGGUGCAUGUGUAUAGUGCCCAUGAUUGCUUCUCUGAGUUGCAAAUAUGUAUAUAGGUCCAAAAAGAUUGGAGACCUGCUUUGCUUCAGUAUUACUGCUGCACUUCUGUUGCAGGAACAUAUGCUGCGCUAGUGCCUGGUGUGACUGAAUAAGAGCACCAGCUGUGUCCUUAGAUCAGUUUGAGGACUCUUAAGUCUAAGUGAGCUGCUGUUCUGGCCUAAGAGGGCAUAGGACUAGAUUUUAAAAUUGUGGGAAAGGAUGUGCGUAGCCUCAGGAAUUUUAAUACAGUGGAAGCUUAGUUUUCGAGUGUCUCGGAAGCCGAACGGAAGUGAAUGCUUCCGUUUUUGAAUGCACCUCGGAGGUUGAAUGACUUCUGAGGCGCGUUUCUCCAUUUUCUGAAUGGAAUUUGCUGACCGCCCAUUGCGCCUCAGUUUUCGAAUGUUUCAGAAGCCGAAUGGUCUUCCGGAACGGAUUAAAUUCGACAACCGAGGUACCACUGUACUGAAUAUAUUCUUUGUAUUUUAUCAAUGAAAUGCAGUUUGACCGAAUUCAUUGCUGUUGAUGGCAUAGAUACUUACUCUUAAUGCUUCAUGAAUAAUAAGUAAUGACUCUUCCUAUAUAGGCUUGAAAUCUCGAGAAGAAUUACUGGCUUGUCCACCACCAAAGGAUGCUUCUGAAGAUGACCCCCGGGUAAAAAAAAGAAAAAGUUCCGAUCAUCAGUUUGAAUACUCUGCAUUUACAGACACAACGAGGGGAAGAAUAGAAGAGGGAGUACACACAGGUGAAGAGAAUUUUGAAGAUCGGUGUGAACUUGAGACAGAACACUUUUUGCCAAAUAAGCACUCCAUAACUGGAAUAAUAGAAACAGCAAUAUUGGAAGAAUACAAUCUCUUUACCAAAAAGAUUCAGAAGAUUUUGAAGCAGAAGAAUAUUAUGUAUGUCAGUGCAAUACCCAGACCUGUCCUUUCAGCCCAGGAGAAGGUAAUAAGACUUUCUGAAUAUAUAUGCUUACAGGCAUCAGAUAUUGCUGUCCAGGAAUACAUAGAGAACCUGAGUGAACAGCUCAGCAAUGUUGUUGCAUCGUCGUCUUCGUAUGCUAUCCACAGUGCCCCGUUUACUAGAAGUCCCGGACCAGUAAGCGAUUCAGUUACCGACACUGGAUUACAUUUGCCACCAGAAGAGCCAGUAGCUUUUCCAAGUGGUUUUGACAUGGAACAGUUUCCAGAACCACCAUAUAACAAAUUGGAGGAAGAUUCAAGCAUUAAUGAGCAGAAUCAUUUAGCGAUCUUGGACACAGGAAAAAAACAGAGUUCCGUGAGCACCAACAUAGAAGUGAAAUCGCCAGCUAAUCCAAAUGUGUCUACUGCUGACCCUGGGCACCAUCCGGAUAAGAUUCCAACAUCUACAGAUAACCUUGCAACCCCGCCUGACAUCAGUGCUAUGAUAAACCAGAUAUCAUUUGAGGACGGUUUUUUCAAACGCAUCUUCAAAAUUAUUAAAGAUGUCCAAAAGAAUGUUGUGAAAUUCUACAUUCAUGAAAAACAAGAGAAUGCACUUUGUAAAGAAAUAAAAGUAUGUAUAUUUCCCAUAUGUUUCUUUAUCAUAAUAUUUUAGGAGAUAGCAUUUAUGCUUUCUUCUUCUUCCUGUAAACCACAUUGGGAUUAUAAUCAAGGGGCCAUAUAAAACUAUAGUGAUUUUUUAAAAUACUCAAGCCAAUAUUAUUUCAUAUGAGCAUAGUAGCAGCAUAGAUAAUAGGGUUGGGUCCAGGCUGUCAUUCUCAUAGGAGACCUGUUGAACUAAAUGUUAGACUGUCUUAAGUCCCAUUAAUUUCAACAGGUAUAGUCUAAGUGUGACUUAGUCUGGAUCAGGGCCGUCUAAUACAUGACCCUUAAGGCCUUUUUUGGCAGCCCUUGGCAACUCUUGUGCUGCCUUCCCAAAGCCGGAUAAGUGAGGACCUGGGCUUUGGAAAGGAGGCUUCUGACAAGGUCCUAGAGUCCUUCCACCUCCUCCCCCAAAGUCUGGUUAGCAAUUUCCCAGCUUGGGGAUGGAGGUGGGAGGGCUCUAGGACCAUGCCAGAACAUAGCGGUGGGGGGGGGGCAGCAAAACCAAAGCAAUGAACAUUUGUAAUUAAAACAGCUGAUAAAUUGUUUCCUUUUUAUACAGAUUUAAGGCAUGGUACAUUUUUCUUGACUCUUCCUAUGCAAAGAAUGGUGCGAGUCUGGAAAAUGCUUGUUGAUUAUAUAAUGAUUAAUGUAACAAUUAAAUUCUGUAUAUAACAAGCAUGCCAUUUUAGUAAAGUCUUGUACCUGCCUGUUUAGCACUUUAAGUUUCUUAGUUACUAAUUGUAUUGUUCACUGGAAAUGUGUUGGUUUAACCCCUGUGCUUGCUGGUUUUAGGCAUAUCUUACUAAAUUAGGUAAUACAGAGUGCCAUCCUGAGCAAUUUUUGAGAGGGAGAACCGAUGUGGAUAAAUUGCUUAUAAUCAUUCAAAAUGAAGAUAUUCACAGUAUAAUUCAUAAGGUAUGUAAAAUUCAUAAUCAGUACAUUUAGGUGGUGUUCGAUAAUUCAUUGUUGCUCUGGGCACAUCCAAAUGCCUUAACUAGUAAAAAUUAAUUCAUUUACUGGCAUGCAUAUGCUACAAUGAUCCAUUAUAGUCACAAAAGCAGGGAAGAGCAGUAGCCAACAUAUAUUGUGUCUUAAUUUAAUCUCAUUAUACUGUUAUAUUAUUCUAACCACAUACCUUCUUUGAAUAGAUACCGUGUUUAGUAGCUUUGAAGAGGCUUCCAUGUGUCGAUUUUGCUGGUGUUGACAGUUUGGAUGAUUUGAAAAAUCAUACUUCCAAUGAUUUAUUUGUUUCUGGUGGCAUCCUUGUCUCUGAUGAAUCUGUUCUCAAUCCAGAGUCUGUCACAGUUGGUAAGAUAUUUUUUUAAAUGUUGUCAGUGGCAGGGUUUUAAAAAUAUUUUCAUAUUCCUAAUUUACCGAUGUGAUUUCUAGGUGCCUGAGUAGCAAGGCACCAGUUUGAGAUUCCUUUUAAAAAUGUAAACCUUCAUUAGCUUUUUUUUAAUUAUUAUUAUUAUUAUUACAAAAUAUUGCUGUGGAAUUGUGUUUAGGGUAGGAUUUAUUAUGUUGCUAAAAGAAUGUUAGUGGUGAAAGCCUUGCUCAGCUACAUAUAUAGAGUGACGUUCAAAGUCACCUGCUUACAUAAUUAGACUUCUUCUCUUCCUCCCCUGUGAGGUCCCAAAAUCUGCUCUAGAGAGGUGUUCUUUCUUCUGUUGGAUUAUGAUGAGGUAAAGGGAAGCCUUUCCUCUCUUCCCAAAUGGAAAUCCAUUGUGCAAUCAGGUGGACAUCAUUGGAUGUCACUUAGAAGCAGUGAUAACUGCCUCAAAUCCUAAGUGCUAUACAGAAGUACCGUAUUUUUCGCCCUAUAGGAGGCACUUUUCCUCCUACAAAAAUGAAGGGGAAAUGUGUGUGCGUCCUAUGGGGCGAAUGCAGGCUUUCGCUGAAGCCUGGAGAGCGAGCGGGGGGGUCGGUGCGUACCGACCCCUCUCGCUCUCCAGGCUUCAGGAAGCUAUCUGCUAGCCGUGGGAGACGCAGCUCUCCCACGGCUAGCGGAGAGCUUGCCGGCACCCAGAAGCUUGGGGCGCGCUGAGCUCAGCACGCCCCAAGCUUCGGGCUUCACACAGUCCUCCGCUAGCCGGGGGAGAUAGCAGCCUAUUCUGUGGGCUGGUGUUGGGGGAAGCUCGCACCUGGGGGGGGAAAUAAUUUUUUUUCUUUAUUCCCCCCCCAAAAAAAAAACUAGGUGCGUCCUAUGGGGCGAAAAAUACGGUAAAAUCAAAAUAAUCCCUUACUCGCGAGCAUACAGUUUAUAGGUAUACAAAUAAACAUAAUUUUGUUGCUUUAAAACAAACAAAAACACCAUACAAUAAGCUCUAGCAUAGAUGAAAUGUUCCUGGUUUCCUAAUCAUGAUUAGGUGGUAUGCUGCAGACUUGCGUUCCCGCUCCCUUCUAUUAUUGCUUGGUUUAACCAUACUGUAGUGUGAUAUCUGUAUUAGUGCUAACUGUUAUUACCAUUGCUGAAUUCUCACAUCUUGGUUAGUUUUAAUUGCCAAUAUAAGACUACACUAUGGCUAAAGCAAAGCACUGUGGUGUGGGUGGGUGGGUGGUGCUGGAGUUUUUGAGUUUUAAUCUUUUGUGUUUUAUCUUAUGCUACACUGUUUUUGAUAGCUUCUGUCUGCAAAGCAGUUUAUAACUUCUGUAAAAUAAAUAAGAGGGCCGUUAGUGAAUCCACAGUACUCUCCAAAGGAUCAAAUGGGUACCAUUAAGCUCAAUUUUUAAUUUCUAAAAUGGGAAACGUUUGUACUGCAGUUAUAGAGUGUUUGUAGGUUUUUUUAAACAAUGCAUUGUUUUAUUAAAAUAUCAGGGUUUUUAAAAGUAAUUACUGCAUGGAAAUAUAAAAAUUCUUUUAAUCAAAAUUUUAGUAAUCGAAAUACAGAUAUGACUAAGUGAACAAAGCCAAGUAACUGCAGAUGCAGCAAUAAAAUUUUGUUUCUGAUGAUAUUCAGCAGGCUCCUGAAAUCUUUUGGUGAAACAAACUUGCCAAAAAGUUCAACUCUUACGUAGCUUAAAAGUAGAAAGAUUAAAUAGAAAGAAAACUAAGUUUAAAUUUAAUUACAGAAUGCAAGAAUACUAGAGGAACUGUCCUGAAUGAGACCCAAAAUCUGUUUAGCCCAGAAUACCAUUUACCACAGUGGCCAUCCAGAUGCUUCUUGGAAGCCUAAAAGUCGUGCAUGAAGACCAUAACCUUCUUCCACUGUUGCUCCCCAGCAACCAGUAUUUGGCCAUCAUGAUUAGUAGCCAUUGAAGAGACUUACCCUGUUUGCAUCUGUCUAAUCCCCUUUUGAAGCUAAGUUUGUUGCCAUCACCAUGUUUUAUUUUCUGUUUUCAAAACUAGAUAAACUUAACAGUUUUUUAAAGUUCCUUGAAGCAUUGAGUACUCCACAUGGGAAGUGGCAAUGGAAAGUUCACUGUAAAAUACAGAAAAAAUUGAAGGAACUUGGCAGGUAAGAAUUAUUUCUUAUGUCUUCAGAUAUUUAAAAUACUUUAGAAUAACAAAAUACUUGCAUUUAACUACUUUUCAAAAUAUCUCUACUGAAAUACUUCCAUGGUCUUUUUCUGUCAGUCACCUUUGCAGUGCAUCUAUUUUCCGUGCAUGUUUUAGAAACUACACCCCACCCACCCAUUUCCACUUUUGGGUUGUACAGUUUUUCAUAUUUCAGCUCUUCUUGAAAUAUCAGGGUGGGGAAACUUUGGCCCUCUAUAUAUUGCUGAAUUACAGUACUCCAGCCAGCACUGCCAGUAGCCAAGGAUAAUGGGAGUUGGAGUUGAGUAACAUCUGGAGAGCCAGAGGUUUCUCAUACCUACUGUAUAUUAAGCUGAUUCCUUCUCCAUUUUUAAAUCAUCAGAAGGUUUAUGUUCAAAAAAGCUUUUCUUGCACUAGUAUAGAUUCACUGUCUCCUUCCCUUACCUGCCAGUCCAAGUCUAUGCUUUCAUGUUUUUGAAUAAAGAAGUUUCAUUGCUCUUUUUUCUCCAGAACUAAUAGAAAUGCCACAAGUUUGUUGACACUCUUGAAUACCUAUCAAGAGAAACACUUGGUUGAGAUUCUGUCAUACCAUAGUUGUGAUUCUCAAACUCGAAAUCCUCCAGACCUGGAUUGUCUUAUAAGACUUCAAGCUCAAAAUGCACGGCAGAGGCACAUUGUCUUCCUGACAGGUAGAAAACCACUAUUGAGCAUGUCUUUUUUAAAAAAUAAAUACAUAAAUUAGUAUAUGUUGAAACACAUUUGCUUCUUUAUUUUUAGAAAAGAAUGUGUUAACAUUUGCAACGUACGCUGAAAAUGGAAUAGUGGUUACUACAGUAGAUCGCUUCAUGCACAACUUUAAAAGUCUCGUUGGACACCAUAACUCCCAUUCCCCCAUUGAUCAUGAAAGACAAUCAGGUAAUAAUCAUUAAUUUUGCUCAAAUAUUGAUAGCUAGAAAUAGAGGGAAUUUUAGUAUGUUUUUACUGAAGGUCCAAAAAGUAUGGGAAAAAGCAAAGUUCAAAUCACAGUUUAAACAUUAGAGAGAAAAAUGUGCUGCGUGGCAUCUUAAAGUUUAGAAUUGUUCAAAUGGGGUAUUUAAGAAGUUCCCAUGAAAUGUAGAAGGGUUAUGAUAAAUCUAGUGGAGAUGAGGUUUGGAAAAGUAGCAGUCAGUAAGGGUGUCAGUAAUUGUGUUGGGCAAUUCUCGUAUCACAUACUGACCUACUGUAUAACUUUAGAUGCUGUUUUGACAUUAAAUCCUUUGGAGCUGGAAGUUGGGGUUUCCCAACAGUAAGCAUGAACACAUUUCGUGGAAGCUUUUAGCAUCGGACUAUCCGGACGUUCACCCAGAGGGUUAAAUGUGUGUUGAGUGUGUGACAAAAAUGCCAGAAGACCCAUCCCCUAAGUGAUAUGCGACUUUCAGACCUGAAGCCUAACACUGUGUGAGUAGUGCGUAGUAUUUUAAAACACGUUUUUUAUUUCAAUAGAGUAGGAUUUUUCUCUUCUUAAUGUAGUUCUUGUAGAAAACGAUGAAAAGGAUGAGGAGGACAUGUCUUUGGAUUCAGGGGAUGAAGCAUCACAAAUAGAAGUUUGCAAUGAUGCCUCAAAGUAUGAUUCCCACUUGGAAGCUUGUCAGAUAGAGACCAAAGGAUCUCAUGGAACAGAUUCUAAGCAAAACUCUCAAACUGUUAUGUUGCUGCCUGCUGAAGGACAAGGUCUUCUGACAGAAAAGACUUCUAAAAUUGACAUGCAAGACAUACAACCAGUUACUCCAGUUUCUACAACAUGCUCUAUUGAAGGAGAGAGAAGCAGCUCAGUCCAACAAGUUCCUUUCAGUUACUUUCAGAGUUAUAACAGACAGUUAAGUGUACCCCAUCAGUUCAGUCAUUUUAACGUUCUCACUCAUCAGACAUUUCUGGGAGCAGCAUAUCCCAUGCCUACAAGCCAGAUCCAAGAAGGUGGGAACUACUUUCUGACUGCCUACAGCCAAAACAUGGAUAUGGACCAGACUUCAUCUCCCAAUAAUUGGGACGUCAGUUAUGAUUCUUCCCGGCUGUAUUCCAAACAGAAUUAAGCAAAGCGGAAAUGUUUUUAUACAUUGUUGUGGACUUUUCUGUUUUAAAAAGUGAAUUAACAGUUUCUAUUCUCUGAACUAAACAUUUCCUGUCUCUGAUCUCAAUUGUUUUCCUGUCUUAUUUAAAUCAUGAUGACCUGUACCAGGUGAAGCACCUGAAGUUUGAAAUAAAUAUAUAUUUUUUAACAUUUACUGUACGUGAAUUAACUUGUUUGUUGACACUUUAAGUUCGUACGUUUUGUAUUUUAUGUGUAAUUGAGACUUCCAGCUUGAAGUCUGUUUUAAUGUAAACUUAAUGUUUGCCUGAAGCAUAUGUGAAGGCUUCAUUUUUAAAGCAAAGUGUAACAGUAUAUUCAAACCUCUUUUUCUUUAUCAAAGCUGUUGUGUACAUAUUUUGACAGUUUUGUACAAAUUCUUUAUACAGCUAUUAAGGCAGUUCUAGUUACUUUACAAAUAUCCUCGGUUGUUGGUUACAGACCUCUGAACAACCAAUGGGUGCAGUUCAUUUUGAAAAUAAAAUAAUCAUCCAUGAGAGAUCUAGUAUCAAGUUGCAUUUUGUCUUACCAUCUGUUUCCAGGAAAUAGAUGCAGCAAAAGGUGUAUUCUCAUUUGGGCGAUCUUCCUCUAUCAAGUCUAUAGUAAUCUGAAAGGUAUGACAUACGUUAGAUUUGCUAUUUGAAGCCCAAAGCUCAUUUCCCCCCUUAUCAGUAUUUAAAGUAAUCUCAGUUGCAGAUAAGUACUGUAGUGACUGUAGGUUUAGGAGCGCGCUGGAAUAAAUGGUUUUAAGAAUAUAUUCUGCAUGGAGUUGCAGCCUUUAUGGUGUAAUCUUUUUGUGUAGUUUGCCUCGAUAUGUGAUCCUGUGCCCCUGAAUUUGCAACGAGAUUUUGUCUAAGGUUCCAAGGCUGUGAGAUGUAGUUACAGGCAUCAUAAGAUGCUGUAUAUAAGAACUUCGCACUCUAUGUGGUAUAUGAAAUUGACUCUUCCCCCUCAGACGUGUGACAUCUGCAACAUAUUGUGAUGCUUAUAAUGCAAUAUAGUACCGUCAGUGUGCAUAUUUUAGCAGACAAUUCAUGUUUUGAAUUAUAUGCUACGUUAGCUACCGUAAAAUGUCACCUGAAGUGGUGUUCAAUAAAAACAAACAGAAUCUAAACAACUGAAAGCAAAGUAAGCUAUAUAUUUACUUGAAUAGAAUGCUGGAAUAGUAGCAGAUUUUAUAAUUUUAAAUUAGUAGUUAAGAUACAAAACCUUGGAGACAUUUAUAUGUUGGAUGGAGCAAAGCAAACAUUAUCUUAGAUUUGGACACAAGGGUGGAAGAUUCAAGUGGAGUGGCCUGAAAGAUAGUGGGAAAGGUGAAACAUUUGACAUCUUAUGUUUAAACUGAUAUUUAGGAAGAUGUUUAUAGCUGAGGAUCCAUAGUAUGUUAAGAGAGAUAGCGGGUAGCAGCUGAAUUUUGCUGUAGAAGUUAUGGCAGAGUGACUAGAGGGGUGUAGGAGUGAAAGGGAAGAAGAGAUGAGCAGAGCAUAAUUUGGAUAUGUUUUGGAGAAAUCUUCAUAGUAGAGCAGAACUCUGAGAUGAAAUAGAUGAGUGUGUCUAUUCAGGUAUUGAUUUUUAUAUAUUAUGGGAUCACUAAGGCAUAUGAAUAAUCACUUGUAGAAAUAAGAAUAUUUUGCAUUGGUUUGGCAGGAAAGCUUUAUAAGCAUUAGAAAACUACUGUGUACUAAAGGUUAAGGAGCUGAUGGAAACACUUCUCUGAAGCUCUCACAAGUGAACUCAUUGCUGUCUCAGCCUAGCUUGCCUCGUAGAGUCGCUGUGAUAUUUUGUACAUUGGCACGUUUUAUUAUUUAAUAUAUUUACUGGCCUGAGUGAGGUGAGGAAUAAUCAUGUAUGCUACCUUGCAUUCUUUGGAGAAAAGAGGGAUAUAAAUGUUUCUCUAGUGGGCCCCAAAUGACUGUGAUAGGUAUGCAAAGGCAGGCAGGUUGGAAAAAUUGUUUUAUGUUAACAACUUUGGAAUGUGUGUGCGAUUUUGCAGAAAAAAAAUACUUGAAAUUCCAAUGGCAAUGAUGGAGAGCAGAGGUAGCUAAUGCAGCGCUCUCCAGAUGUUGCUGGACUACAACUCCCAGUAUCACUAACCAUUAGCUAUGCUGGCUGAGAAUGAUGGGAGUUAUAGUCAAACAGCCUCUGGAGGGGACCAUUUUGGCUACCCCCGGUGUAGAGAAAAUGAGGCUUACGAGUCCCUUUGAUGGUAGCAGCUCUUGUUUUGCUGAAGGGACUUCUUGUCAGCUUUUCUUGCUCUUUCAUUUGGUUUGGUUUGGUUGUAUCUGGUAAUGAGUAGUAUAUGCCUUUAGUGUAUUCAGUAGAAAGUUGAUAUUGUCUUUGUAUUUAGCUAUGAGCACAACUUGGUCCUACGUGUUAUAGGAACAUUGGCAAGCAAAUGUAGUGAAAGUAACUUUUCUGAAAAUCAAACCUUGAUGGCUACUAAUAAUAGUAAUUAUUAAGUGAAAUUCCCCAAAGCCUGCUUUGUUGGCAGACUUUGAAACUGAUCUAGUCUCAUUUGGACAAAUUUCAGAACAUCUUGGAUCCUGUAUGCUACAUAACCACAUGCCACUUUACUGAUCUCCAGUAACUUGCUAGCUCCCAACACCAUCCCCGCUGCUAUUUAUUCACUAAAUAUAAACAAGUCAUUUAAAAGCAACUUUUUAUAUACACAUAUUCAAUUGUUUAGCUCAGAUGACAUGCAUAUCUGUACACUACAGGUGACACAACUUACCCAGGGGUUACAUUCUGGGGAUAGCACAUAAAGCCAAAAUUGUGUAAAGUCAAAACACAUUGGGUGCAGUGGCAGGUGGGAUUGCCAGAGCUACCCCUUCCCACAAUGCCCAUCCCCUUCUUGUCCUCUUUUAUUUUUAUUUUUUUAAUUUUGGUAAGUGUGUAAAGCUGAAUGUGCACAAGUUAAAUGUGUGUGAGUUGCGAGUUGCCUGUAUUUGCAUUUUUGGGUGCAGGUGCAGAUUUAUUUAUUUAUUGGUAUGAGAUCAUUUUGCAUGGUCUGCUUCAAUACAAAAAUUGAAAUGAACCAUGGCUCAAAUUAAUUCUGGAACUUCAGAAUCACAGUGAGCAUUCCUUAAAUAUAGUCACUGUUAAUGUGCGAAAGUAGAACACAAUUUAGUUUUUCUAUAAUGUACACCUUUAUAAUAGCUGUUUUUAUUUGUGGUAUAAUAGUCUCCUUUAUUUAACUGUGAUCGCUUCUAGACACAAGGCCUGUAGUUAGUGGCUGUGUGUUUUAAUAUUUGAGGUGCUUUGGCUAACAGGGAUCUGUUUUCACCCAUCACCCAGCAGUAUUACAAAACCAUUACUUAAACACAAAAGAGAAAACAAAAUGCAACAUACACAGCCAUGGCAUUCAAAUGCCUAAUAAUUUAUUCCUCUUACUAAGUGGACACACAAAAUUUAAAUUAGCUACACAAAUAUUCCAUGUAAACAAAAGCACGUGCUACAGUAUUGUUUCCUGCUACAUACAUCUUUCUUCCAAAAUGUAUAAUCACUUAUUCAAGCAUCUUCAAAUGAACAAAAGUUCACAUUUUACCAAUAUGUUCAUAAUUACAGUAGUAAGUAUAAAGUGCCAACACAAUAAAAAUUCAUUUCUCGAACUUCAAAUUCUUUAAAAUGGUGAAAUAAAAUUAUCCUCUUGGCUUAUGAUGUUUGGAAUAAAACAUGUCUCCAAUUCUUUCUGCUUCUGGAGGAGGCCCUGAAAUGACAAAGUGAGCUUUUUAUAGACAUUGUAAUUAGUUCUAUAGAGCAGCAACUGACACAGAGCAGUAGAUAAAGAAACAGCAAGGUCUAAUGGAAGUUGUAAUCAUGCCUGUAUUGAGCUAAUUGUGCUAUUGCCUUUUUACUUACCACUUUACUGUGUUUCCUGCUUCAGGUUUUAAAAAUUAUUCAAAGUGAAGGGGAAAGCACUAUCUACUGCUGAAACCUCUGAAAUGUUGAGAUUCCAUUGAUGGAAAUCAAAUUUCUACAUAAAGAUUUAGUGUAGUAAAACUAUUUGCUUGAGGGGAGACUUGGUAAUAUAAUCCCACCUUGAGCAGAUAUAUAUGUUCAACAGAAAAAGUGUUCAUGCACAGUUAUAGUCAUUUUUGUUGUGUCCUUGUUUAAGAUGGGUACCUAACAAACAGGAUGCAAUAGAAAUACUUUUAUGAUUCAAAUAAAAAGGGGAAAAUCACUUAUCCCAAGCCAAGGAAGCUGGUUGUAUAAAGUUGAAAUAUUAAGUUUUAUAUUCAGUAUGACCUACCACACCAUUACAGCUAAAAGAGCUACAGUGUAAUAGUGGAUGGGAGAUCAUUGAACAUAUUUUCCUUGUUCUAUGAAUUUGAAUGAAAGUACGACUGGACUUUCAGUGGUACCUUUACCUUUACCUUUACCUUUACCAUGCUAUACUUCAGCUGCUUCUGAUACAGCUAAAAUAGACCCAGCUUGAUGUUCAUUUUUACAGAUAAGGAACAAGUUGAGUUGGAUCAAAGAACUGUCAUGAGAAAGAAGAGGGUAUGUGUACAAAAGUUAAUGUAAUAAGAAGACACUUAUGGAUCUGAUCUAGUCUACCAUUAUGCUUGCCACAUGCCAAUGGAAAGCCUACAACCAGGACAUAAGUUCAAUAACAAUGUUCUGUUCAUAACAGUAAACAGUUCACAUACUUCUCUUUGUGCAAGAGGUUGUUUAAAUGGAUGGACAUCUUUUAGAUUUUAUUUUACUUGUCACAACAAAGCUUUAUACAAAGGGUAAUGUAGACCUCUGGGUGAAAUAGGUUUUAUUUGCCCCUCUGAAUCUAACCCAUUGUGCUUUUGGUCUGUGUCCAUCCAUUUCCUAAACCAUGCCUUACUCUUACCCACUACCACUCAACAAAAACGCAUGUGGGGAAUGGAAAUACAAACGGAACAGCAUCACAAAAACAAAAUAUAAUUUCCCUGCCCAAAACAAGAAGCAAAACUAGAAGGUAGGAUUAAAACAACAUAGUGGCUGGGCUAGAUCAAGGAUAAUUGUGCAAAUUGUUCCUGACCCACUGAACCACAUUUGCCCUCAAGCACAUCUAUAAAUUCCACAUAAGAACCCCUGGUUAAUCUCUCUGAGUGAUAUCCAAUAUUAAACACAUUUCCGUUUCAUUUUGUUACCUACUUGAACCCUCCAAAGCAUAUUUGAUGAAGGGGAGGGGAUGGAAAGUGAGUCUUGUACAACCAUAAAUCUUAUUUAUUUCAUAAAAAUUAUAUACAGCUUGACUAUAAAAGAAGCCUCGGAGUGGUGUACAAAAAUAUAAAACAAUAAAAUCCACACAACUAGUUUUAGUGUGAUAAGGCUCAUCCUUGCUUUCUUGAAAUGUCUUAGUCCAAAUGCCUUUACAAUUCUGACAAUCCAAUUUGUAAAUUGGAUUAAGAAAUUCUAACUACAUACUUCCAUAAUUAGCACAUUACAUUUUUCAACUAUAUUAUAAAUACAGCUAGGAGGAAAGAAUUAAGUAGGGUUUGCUGUAAGUACAAAAGUGAUAAUUACACUAUAAAAACAUGGAAAUAUUUCACAACAGAAGAUAAAAUGACAGUUAAGAUAUUCUACAACAUGAUUAAACAAUCUAGAAAUAUUUGUUCUAAGUACAAAAGGAACUAGAUACUGAGCAUUGUUGUACAGUGGUCCCUUGGGUUAAGAACUUAAUUCAUUCUGGAGGUCCGUUCUUAACCUGAAAAUGUUCUUAACCUGAGGUACCACUUUAGCUAAUGGGGCCUCCUGCUGCUGCCACCAAGCGAUUUCUGUUCUCAUCCUGAAGCAAAGUUCUUAACCUGAGGUACUAUUUCUGGGUUAGCGGAGUCUGUAACCCGAGGUACCACUGUAAUUACUCUUUGAAGAACUAAAGGUCACAGCAGAGUAUGAAAACUUGUACCUUCUGAAGGACCGAUAAGAUUCGUAGCUCUGUUAAAGAAUACAAUGCAUAACCUUUAAUCUUCAUUUCAGACCUAACUAUUGGCAUUCUUCCUACUUAGAAAUUAGCCCCUCAAACUCUUUGCUGCAUUAUACGUAGUUCUAUUUGGCUGGUAACCCACCAAUAGGACUCCUAAAACAUUUGGAAAGAUCUACCAACUAAGGAAAAAAUCCAACAAAAUCUAAGCUUUAGCUAAUUCAUACACAAACUUGUUUAAGAAAAGCUGCAAUCAAUUUUAUCUUGAAAUGAACCACCAUGGAAAUUUUGAAGAGAACCCACAUGCCAGCUGUAUACUGCUUGCCAAACCUGUAUUGGGCACACACAUUUCCAUUUGGUCUGUCAUGUCAACCUAAGAAUUUUGAUGAUCAUAGACUUCCAGAGUUGGAAGAAACCCUGAGGGUUAUCUACUCCAACUCCUUGCAAUGCAGGAAUCUCAACAGGCAUGUUUAGCCUGGAGAAGAGGAGGUUAAGGGGUGAUAUGAUAGCCAUGUUCAAAUAUAUAAAAGGAUGUCACAUAGAGGAGGGAGAAAGGUUGUUUUCUGCUGCUCCAGAGAAGCGGACACGGAGCAAUGGAUCCAAACUACAAGAAAGAAGAUUCCACCUAAACAUUAGGAAGAACCUCCUGACAGUAAGAGCUGUUCGACAGUGGAAUUUGCUACCAAGGGGUGUGGUGGAGUCUCCUUCUUUGGAGGUCUUUAAGCAGAGGCUUGACAACCAUAUGUCAAGAGUGCUCUGAUGGUGUUUCCUGCUUGGCAGGGGGUUGGACUUGAUGGCCCUUGUGGUCUCUUCCAACUCUAUGAUUCUAUGAUUCUAUACAUGAAAGAUGGCCAUCCAGACUCUUCUUUAAAACUUCCAAGGAGAGUUCACCACCUCCCAAAGGAUACUUUUCCACUGUCGAGCAGCUCUUAUUGUCAGAACAUUAUUUCUGAUGCUCUUGAUUACAUUACUGAAAUAUUAAAUUCACUAGGGAAUAAAUUCAAGGGCACAUUAGCUCCUAAUAUAAAAUAAGUUGCUUCAGUUUUUUAUUCUUUCAGUUAUUAUGAUUUCCCUCUGUCUUCCCCCAAUAUGUGCCCCACACCAUCUCCAAAUCUGCUUGAGGUUUGAGGGAACACGCAUAGUAGAUAUAGGUAGUGUGUCUGGAGAGGGAGAGAACAUUCCAUGAUGAAAGUUGAACUGAUGGAACAUUUACCUUAGUGCUACUGCUAUGUUGACUACAGCCUACUUUACCUACUGUUAAAAUGUAAGCAAAGUGCUAUCCUACCUCCUGCCCUAUUUUCUUAUAGUGCCGCAGGCACUGUAGGAAAGAGGGCCAAGAGGAAAAACUAUAAUUUCUACCCUAAAAACGUGGAGAGCAGAGGAAAAACUCUUCGGAAGAAUCCUUACAGAAGUAUAUAUUGCUGUUCAUAGAGGUUUAUGCAAUCACAAUUUAAGUUACACUGAUGUGAAGACAAUUGUUAACAUAUUGUGAGGAGACUUGAAAGCGCAUGAACUAGAUUUCCCCCCUAAAAAGCAGUAAAGCAAAACACAGAAUCAAGGAAUAAGAGGUUUUAGAACAAUUGACUUGUACCUACAAGAAGCAAGAAGACUUCUGUAAAAAAAACAACAACCCUGAAGUCUUCUAUAAGUGAAGAGAACAAAAAGGAACACAAACUUUGGCACACAAAAAAAGUGCAAGCACACAGGAAGGGAUGCUAAAAAGAAAGAAAGAAUUUGAGGAACAUAUUGCUAAGACCAUUAAAACCAACAACAGUAAGUUCUUUAAAUAACAGGAAACAGUCGAGGAAAACAGUCAUUCAACUCCCUUUGAAUGGCAAAGGAGUCAAAUGAAUGCUAAAGGAGGAUAAGGAGAUUGCUGAAUGAUUUCUUUGCAUCUGUCUUCCUGACAGAAAAUAUAGGGCAGAUCCCAGUGCCCAAACUAACCUUGCAGGAGGUGCAUCUGGGGAACUAAGGCCGCUAGUGCUAGGCCUAAUAGACAAAAUAAAAACUAACAAAAUUGCUGGGUCCGCAUGGCAUCCACCUUGAGACCAAAUAUGAAAUUGCUGGUCUUCUAACAAAAAUAUGUAAAUUGUCCCUUGGUUCAUCCUUAUCUGUGGACUGGAAAAUAGCAAGUGUAACAUCAGUUUUAAAAAAUGGAUCCUGGGGAGGGUGAUCCUGGGAAUGGAAGGCCAGUUAACCUAAUGUCUGUUCUGGAAAACUGGUGGAAAUUGUUAAAGAUAAAAUAACCAACCAUAUAGAAGAACAAGCCUCAUUGAAGCAUCGGUUUCUGCAAAGCCAAGUUCUGUCUUAUGAGCUUAUUAAAGUUCUUUCAGAGUGUCAACAAGCAUGUAGAUAAAGGUGGUCCAGUUGACAACUGUACCUGGACUUUCAACAAAGUACUUUAACCAAGACUCCCAAGUAAGCUUCUAAAUCAAGGAAGAAGAAGAGAGGUCCUCUUGAGGAUAAGAAAUUAAGUUUUGGGAAGCAAUGAAUAGGAAUCAGUGGACAAGGUUCAGUAAUGGAACCUAUGCUUUUUAACUUGUUCAUAAACAAUCUAGAGUUAGGGGAGAGCAGUGAAGUGGCAAAGUUUGCUGAUGACACUAAAUUAUUCAGAUUUGUUAAAAGAGACUAUAAAGAGCUUCAAAAAGCCCUCUCCCAACUGAAUGGUGGUGAAAUAGAAAAUGUAGUUCAAUAUAAACAAGUGUAAAGUGAUGCAUGUCGUAGCAAAAAAAAAUCUUAAUUUCAUAUAAAUGCUCAUAAUAGCUCAAUGAAGAUACUGUUCCAGUUUGCGGUGAGUGUAAAAAGGCACAUUCCAUGCCAGGGAUCGUUAGGAAAGGAAUCGGAAAAUAAGACUGCAGACAUCAUCAUGCCAUUAUACACCUCUAUGGUGUGACUGUAUUUGGAAUACUGUUUACAGUUCUGGUUGUCACAUCUGAAAAAGGAUAUUGUAGAGUUGGUAAAGAUUCAGAAAAGGGCAGCCAAAAUGAUAGAGAGUUUGAAACGAUUCCCCUAUGAAGAAAGCUUGCAGCAUUUUUUACUUUUUAGUUUAGAGAAAAGGUGAGUAACGAGGUGGUGUAAGUUUAUAAAAUUAUGCAUGGCGUGGAGAAAGUGGAUAGAGAAAAGUUUUUCUCCCUCAUAACUAAAGAACUCGUGCGCCUCAAAGUGAAAUGUUGGAAAAUUCAGGGUAGAUAAAGUACUUCCUUCAGAACUUGCUCCCGCAGGAUGAACUGACAGCCACCAACUUAGAUGGCUUUUAAAGAGGAUUUGACAAAUUCACGGAGAAGGCUAUCAGUCAGUACUAGCCAUGGUGGCUCUGCUCUGCCUCCACCCUUGGAGGCAGCAAUGCUUCCGCUGGAAACCUUGGAAGAGCAGAGUGUUCAUUUCAGCUAGCUGGUUCCCCACAGGCAUCUGGUUGGCCAUAGUGAGAACAGGCUACUGGACUAGAUGGGCCACUGGGCUGAUCCAGCAGGCCCUUCUCAUGGAGGGUGGUGCUGGAGAAUAGAGCUAUGCGCACUCUGUGGUCUGCUGUGUGCCCCCUAAGCUAGCCUUUGCAAGUGCUGAUGUAAAAUCUUAACAGGCCAGGCAGCUUCUGUAUAUGGAACUGACGGACACGUCAUAUUCAUUCUCAGAGGAAGCAAAAAUGUCUUGAACUCUCAACUCAUUCUAGUUAUUUAUUCCUACUAUAUUCAAGCAUCUCCUGCAGCUCUAUUACAGUAUAGAAGUGAGGGUUGCCAUAAUAGUGAGGCUCUUUCCACCAUAAGAUGAAGAACUAGACAAAGUGAGCAAAUGUGUAACUACAGUGGUACCUCAGGUUAGGUACUUAAUUCGUUCCGGAUGUCCGUUCUUAACCUGAAACUGUUCUUAACCUGAAGCACCACUUUAGCUAAUGGAGCCUCCUCCUGCCACCGCACCGCCAGAGCACGAUUUCUGUUCUCAUCCUGAAGCAAAGUUCUUAACCCGAGUUACUAUUUCUCUGUUAGUGGAGUCUGUAACCUGAAGCGUAUGUAACCUGAAGCGUAUGUAACCUGAGGUACCACUGUAUUGCCUCUAGAGUAACUUCUGAACCCAAGUGCUUUGAAGCAGUGGAAAGAUUAUCUUGUCUAUACUGCUCUCCUCAUAUAAAAGUACCAAAUCAGUGAAAGAAGUGCAUUUUAUUCUAGAAACAUUUUACCCAUGUGGCACUCUUUCUCUGCUGUGGUCUUUUUGUGUAGAGGUGGACAUUUGUCUGGCUUAGGUAUCCAUACAUGAGACAGAAGAAGACAGGCAUAUUUCUAUGCUGAUAAAUGGCAUUAGGAAAGGAGAUGAGAGAAUGAGGUCAGGGGUGCAAAACAGCAAACAGAGGUAAAUAGCCUUUCUACUUGAUAGCACAAAAAAUAACAAAAAUGCACAAGGAAGACUGCAUUGCAGGUGGUUGGACUAGAUGACUCUUGGGUCUCUUCUUAAGAUUCAAUGAUUCUAUUACUGUUAUGGAGGACAAUAGAGUUUGCCAUCAGAAAGCUCUUCCUAUGUUUAGUCAGAAUCCCCUUUGUUGUAAUGUGAAUCCGUUGGUUUGGAUCCUUCCCUCCAGAGCAGAAGAAAACAAGCUUGCUCCAUUCUCCUUUGGCUAUCUGAAGAUGGCUAUCAUAUCUCCUCUUUUCCAGACUAAACAUACCCAACCACUUCAACCAUUCCUCAUAAAGCUUGGUUUCCAGACCCUUGAUCAUCUUGGUCACCCUCCUCUGCACAUGUUCCAGUUUGUCAAUAUCCUCCUUAAAUUGUGCUGCCCAGAACUGUGACACAUUACUCUCCCAGUGUGGUCUGAUCAAGGUAGAAUAGAGUAGGGCUAUUACUUCCCUUGAUCUGGACAGUAUAUUUCUGUUGAUGCAGCCUAGAAUAUAGCAUUAGCUCCCCCACCCCUGCUGCAUCACACUGCUGACUCAUGCUAAGCUUGUGGCCUACUAAGAUCCCUAGAUCCUUUUCACAUGUACUACGGGCAAGCCAGGUGUCCCUUCAUCUUUUAUUUGUGCAGCUGGUUCUUCCUGCCUAAGUACAGAACUUUACAUUUGUCCCUAUUGAAAUUCAGUUUGUUAGUGGGGCCCAGUUCUCCAAUCUGUUAAGGUCAUCUUGAAUCCAGAUUCUUUCUUCAGUGGCUUCUCCCACUUUGGAAAUUAGAUGAGCGCCCCCUCAAUAGCUUCAUCAAAGUCAUUUCCAAAGAUGUUGAGCAACAAUGGCCCCAGAACAGAACUGUGUGACACCCUACGUGUCACUUUUUUCCAGAAUGAUGAGGAACCAUUAGUGAGCACUCUUGGGUUUGGUCAGUUAACCAGCUACAAAUCCACCUAACAGUUAUAUUGUCCAGUUCACAUUUUACCAGAUUCUCUGCAAGAAUAUCAUUCAGGACUCUGUCACAAGCCUUACUGAACUCAAGAUACACUACAUCCACAGCAUUCCCCAGAUCCACCAAAUGAGUUUCAUCUGGCAUGACUUGUUUUUGAGAAACCCAUGCUGGGUCUUCUUAUCACAGCAUCCUUUCCUAUGUGCUCACAGAUCGAAUAUUUAACUAUCUGUUCUAGGACCUUUCCUGGUAUCAAUGUCAAUCGAACUGAUAAACAGUUACCUGGGACUUCUCCCCCCUUUGAAGAUAGGGACAUUUUCCCACCGCCAGUCCACAGAGACCUUUCUUGUUCUCCAAUAAUUCUCAAAGAUUAUAGACUGAGAUUGCAAGCUCCCUUAGUACCCUUGGGUGCUGCUCAGGCCCUGGAAAUGUGAAUUCAUUUAAAGUAUCUAGGUGUUCACUUACCACCUCUUUUUCUAUAUUGGGCUGCAGCUCCCUCCUUGUAUCAUUUAUUCUGUUAUCACCAGGUUGGGCACUGCUUUCCUUUUGGGUGAAGAGAGGCAAAGUAGGUGUUGAGCAGUUAAGUUACUCCUCCUCUCUGUUACCCAAUAGUAUUUCUCUGUCUUCUCCCUUAACAGGACCUACUACUUGCUUGUUCUUCCCCUUACUUCAAACAUAGCCGCAUAAACCUUUAAAAAUUAUUUUUAACCUCUCUUGCAAGCCUGAGCUCAUUCUGAGCUUUGGCCUACCUGACUUUCACCCUCUAAGUGUUGGCUACUCAAGUACACACUUCCUUAUGGGUUCAUAUAAUUUCAUAUAAAUUCCCUUCUCACACCCCAGCUCAUCUGCAAGUUCCUUAAGCAGCCACGCCAGUUUCUUUAGUUGUCUCCCACUUUUCUUUGUUGUUGGAAUCGUUUGCCUUUGUGCCUUCAGUAUUUCACCUUUAAGAAGCUCCCAUCCAUCUUGGACUCGCUUCUCUUUUAAAAUUUCUGACCAUUGGGCUUCUUCCAGUAGUUCCUUAAGCUUGUUGAAACUAGCCUUCUUAAAGUCCAGAGUGCAUGUUCAACCGUACUCAGCUUUCCCUUGUCUGUGUAUAAUGAAUCAGUUCCUUCCUGUUAGUGAGGACUAGGUCCAAGAGAACCCCCUUGUUGCUUCUUCCACCUUCUGGGAAAUAAAACUGACAGCAAGACAAUUGAGGAAUUUGUUGUGCCUUAUAUUCUUGUCAGAUAUAUUGGGGAAAUUGUAGUCUGCCAUGACUACUAUAUCUCUCCUUUUUUGAACAUCUGGUAAUCUGCUCUAGGAAGGCAUCAUCCAGGUCCUCAGUGUGGCUUGGAGGUCUAUAGUAAGGUUACUAUUGUUUCCCUCUCCUACAGUUGUUAUCCAUCUACUCUCAAUCUGCCUUCCAUACUUUAAGUGACACAUUUCUUCACAAGUGUACACAUCCUUUAUAUAUAAUGCUACUCUUCCCUUCCUGUUUAAUCACUUUUUUUUCCAGGCUGCACCCAAUUCCUACAUUCCAGUCAUGAGUUUCAUUCCACCAAGUGUCAGUAAUGCCUAUUAGGUCAUAGUUACCAUCCUGUAUUCAGAGAUCAAGUUCUUCUUGCUUGUUUCUCAUACUCAGACAACUGAAACAGUCAUUCCUCCAAACACUGCUGCCUCUGUACCCCUUCGUAAGGGAGUCACAUGUCACCACCAGUCUCUUCAGUCUCUGGGGAGCUGCAGGAAUCAUUCUGUACCCUGUCCCUUCCACUGUCACCUUGGUGUGUUCUGAAAUCUGCAACUACGUACUUGCUCCUCUGGCCAAGAAUAUGUAUCCGAGAUGAGGGCACGGAAGCAAUUUUGUAGCUUCAGUAAUGCAUUGAGUGAUCUUCCUCCUUCCUAGGUGUACCCUGCCUGCAUUUCUCUUCCAGGACACCCAGUCUGUGGACCACAGUGUGGAAACCCCUGUAUUAGAGCAAUCAGAACCGUCACAUGAGGUUGGACUAUUUGAUUCUCAGAGAAAAAACCUGGCUCGAAGACUUCACUGAGGAAAAAGUGCCCUGCAAUUUUUGCACCACCAGGAGAGAAAGGAAUUGUUUCCUAAAACUUGAAUACUACUGUAUGUAAACCAUGAAACUAAGGAAGUGUGGCUCAUGCACUCUGAAGCAAGAUUCAUGAUGGUUAAAGAAGAUGGAUAAUAUUUCUUCCUAUAUACAUUUCUUUUCAUUACUUAAGAACACUAACAAAACAGGCAUAUGCAGCUACUAUCUACUGAUGGACGGAAAAUUGAUGCAAAAUUAUGGAACCACUGUUUUCAUUCUUUGAACAAACUGAGAUUUUAAUUCUAAAUCUUCCACAACUCCUUUGUCUUAGAGAAAAAGGUUUUACAAAAUAUGUGACUAUAUAUGUAUGUGUGUGUUGAUUCUCAAUAUUUAAUGUUUAUAUAUUGUUUUUAAUUUGUUUUUACCUCUACUGAUGUAACCAUCCCUAUGACCAUGGGGUGAGGUGUGGGAUAUAAAUCCAAAUAAUAAUUAAAGAAAAUUACAACAGUGGGUCCAAUGACCUUUUUAUGGUCACUUCUAGUAAUUAUGCUGGGACAUGGCUGGCGCUGUGGGUUAAACCACAGAGCCUAGGAUGCCGAUCAGAAGGUUGGCGGUUUGAAUCCCCACGACGGGGUGAGCUCCUGUUGCUCGGUCCCUGCUCCUGCCAACCUAGCAGUUCGAAAGCACGUCAAAGUGCAAGUAGAUAAAUGGGUACCGCUCCGGCAGGAAGGUAAACGGCGUUUCUGUGUGCUGUUCUGGUUUGCCAGAAGUUGCUUAGUCAUGCUGGCCACAUGACCUGGAAGCUGUACGCCGGCUCCCUCGGCCAAUAAAGCAAGAUGAGCGCCGCAACCCCAGAGUCGGCCACGACUGGACCUAAUGGUCAGGGGUCCCUUUACCUUUUACUAGUAAUUAUGCUAUAUGGGAUUCAGAAUUGCAUCAGAACUGGACAAAUUGCUCCAGCCUAAGAUGCAUAUUUCAAAGUAUAAAUGUAAUACAGAAUCAUAAAGUUGGAUCCAGGCAUGUCCUUGGCGGAACUCCACUAACUGAAUGCUCUGCUAGGCAAAAGUGGGAGGUGAUAUUCAUUGGUUCCUCCUUCCCCCAGCAGUCCUCAUGCCAUCUGCCACGCUGUCCUGGAGGAUCCCCCAACCCACUGGAGCAGAUUUUCAGGAAAGGGGGCAUCACCAAAAGCCCCUCCACUGGAUCUAAGUUUCUGCACCCCCAUUUCAAGAUGGGGAAUCUCUGGAUCCAAUCCAUUGAUGUAAUGAAUUCAGUAUUUCUAAGGAGUUCACCCCCAUUCCAUUUGUUUUAUGGUAUUUUAAAUCAGAAGCUUUUGUAACAAUUGCAUUUUAUGGAUGUUACAAGCUACUUUGGGCAUUCUGGUCAAAAGGAUAUAAGUCUAAAAUAUACAGAGAAGGGCUGUGCAGUAGUCACAUUAGAAUACUAAACGGUGAAUUCAGAAGGAAAUGAAAAACUUUUCACAUGUCCUUUUAAAUGUAUGGACCUUUGACAAAACAAUCCUCAUAAAUGACUUGGGGACCUUGGACUGAAAGAUAGGGUCUAAAUCAGGGGUAGUCAACCUUUUUAUACCUACCGCCCACUAAUGCAUCUUUCUUGAUGGUAAAAUUUCCUUACCGCCCACCAGUGCUGCAGUAACAUGUGCCGUAGAACCCCCUACCGCCCACCUAGAAUCCUGAAACGCCCUCUAGUGGGUGGUAGGGACCAGGUUGACAACCCCUGUCUAAAUCAAGUAAGUAAAUGAUUUUAUAAAAAUAAUGUGACUGAGAGGAAGAAAACAUUCAACUCAAUUGUCAGCUGUGCAGUAAUCAAAAUGUUGGUGGAAAAGAUGUACCUAUAUAAAUCUUUUAAAAUAGCAACUUAUACACACAGCAUAAUUUUACAUUCCCUCUCUUACAGCAGCCAGCAUGUAGAUUGCCAGUUAUUAGUCAUCCACUGAUUUACUGAUGCUGCAAGCAAACUAAUACCAGAGUAAGUUUCAUUGUCCUUUUAAUAAUAAUAAUAAUAAUAAUAAUAAUAAUAAUAAUAAUAAUAAUUUAUUUCUACCCGGCCCAUCAGGCUGGGUCUCCCAGCCACUCGGGGCGGCUUCCAACAGAAGGUUAAAAAUACAUUAAAAAUAAAUUGUUCAUUUACUACUUAAGCAACAAAAGUAUGUUUUCUUCAAAGUAAAAUUUAGGGUGUCUGAAACAGUAUAUUUCAUAACCAUGUCAAACGUUCAACUGAAAAAUAAAUUGGAUACAAGAAUUAUGGAAAGUUCUCAAAGCCAAAUCUACAUAUUACACAGAAUGAGGUGCUGGAAAUAUCUGGACUGUACCCACUUUCAAUUGCAGUUUCUGGGGAAGCUAAUUUUUUUAUAAACCCUCCUCAGUGUCAAAAAUAUUUCAUCAUCUAUCCACCUGUGGAAAAAAACCUGCACAAUCCACAAUUCCACAUCUAAUUCUGUGCAAUAUGUAGAAAGGCUCUUGUGUGUACGCAUAAAGUAACUAUAGAAUGAGAAAAUAACGUGUAUGCCCAUGAGAGCUGAUCAACACCUGACAUUAUAUUUUAUUGCCCAUUAAUUAGAUUUUAGAUAGUUACCAAUUAAUAAAUAAUGGUAGUGCUGUUUAAAAUAAACAUAAUAAAAACUAAAUAUAUACCAAUUAAUCCAUGAUUGCCCCCAUUACAUGAGAAUACCCUCCCAAGAGGAUACAAAGAGACUGUGAAGACAACCAGAUGCUAAGAGGUUAGGAUCAGAAAAGAAUUGUUUCUUUAUGAAAGAUGGAAUACCUAUCAAACUAAAUGAUCAAUCCAGCUAAUACAGUACCUGUCGCAGUUCUGAAAGUCCUUUGAGUAUGGCCUGCUGUCUGUCUCUCACCACAUUGGGAUUAAAAAGUGGAUCCCUUAUGUGAUCGGAGCUAAAAAUCUGUCGUGGUGUAUGGCAAGCAUCUAAAAGUAAAUAUAGAUGAGAUUAACUGGAAUGAAAAUAAUCAGCCUUACUUUUUUGUAGUACUAUGCAAGACUAAUAUUUUCAGUGUUUAAAGACGGUUCUAACUUCAAAUGGAUCUGGAAAGAAGGCAGUAUGUAUAUAAGGUUCUAAAAGAAGACAUUUUCCAUCAACAUUUUGAAAUUAAAAUACAUUGGUACAUUGUGAUAUCUUUAUUAUUAGACAAACAUUUUAGAUGUUAUCUUGGAUUGAUACUUUAUUUUGCAGUUUUGUACUAGAAGCUGUUCAUUAGAACAAAGGCUUCUUUGAAAAAAACAUUUAAGUUCUGUGCAAUGGUAUACGAUUCAUUAAUCAAAGGCAUUUCUUUAACUUUGUAUUGUAGUACCGUUUGGCUGCUGAUAUUGUGGAUCAUGUGUUGAAGGCCUGGUCAUGGGUGCAUCUGGAUCAAGGUAAUACACUUCAUUUGUUCGCACGUAAGGAACAAAGUGAGAAGAAGGUGGCCUUUCAGUUUCAGCACUUUGAGGUGGUGUUUCAUUCUGAUGCUUAUCUGUAUAGGUACUUUUCUCUCUUCCAUCAUCAGGAGUCUUUAUUUGCUGCGGCAAUCUGUUUUUAACUGCUGGAACGGGUGGCGAUUCAGAUCUGUUUUAAAACAACAACAAUAACCUUCAGACCUGUUUCGCAAGCAAAAAGCUUUUUUUAAAAAAGUGUUAAUAUUAAGUUGUGCAUAUGGGAGGUUCUGAAUUCUUAUUUUUUUCUUGUUUGUUGAAUUGUCUUCAACAAAACAACUGAGAUACUAAUUGUAUACCUGAGUCAAGUCCUUUUAAAGCUUUAUUUUCUCCCUUAAAUCUUUAACUUACCUGAGCAGCCCACCACAUACCUAAACCCAGUAUUUUUUACUUAAUACAGUGGUACCUCGGGUUACAUACGCUUCAGGUUACAAACGCUUCACAUUACAGAAUCCACUAACCCAGAAAUAGUACCUUGGGUUAAGAACUUUGCUUCAGGAUGAGAACAGAAAUCGUGCUCCGGCGGUGCAGCAGCUGCAGGAGGCCCCAUUAGCUAAAGUGGUGCUUCAGGUUAAGAACUGUUUCAGGUUAAGAACGGACCUCCAGAACGAAUUAAGUACUUAACCCGAGGUACCACUGUACAAAUAUAUCCUGCUUUUCCUCCAAGGAGUUAAUAUGGUGGCAUAUAUAUAAUCCCCUUUUUAUCCCCACAACCCUAUGAGGUAGAAUAGGUGAAGUUCAGCCAGAUUUGCUAGAACAUCAGUCCAUUAAAGAGUUCCAUCAGUUGCUUCUAGAGAUUCAGCAAAAUAAGGCGGAGAAACAUGUUUAUAGUUGCUGCAUAUAGGAAGGUGAAUCAGUAGCCAUGAAGCGAGAGCUGCUGUACAACUGUAUGAAAUAUGGGAGACACCAGUGAGAUAGGAACAGAUCAUGCAGCGUACUAUUAAAAAGCAAAAGUUUCCUUUGGGACAUUGUUUUUAUAGGACAAUGUACCUUGGACUGCAGUCCAAAUCCCCUUGUACUUGGGGGAGAGGAUGUUGGAUUGUGUGGAGGCAAUCCUCUGCUUGCUUCUGAUAACUCAGCCUCCCUCCAACCAGCACAGACCUCCCCCUUCCUCCCACCAAAAGUGUAGUAUUCCCCACCAGCAGAGUCUGGCAGAGAACCCCAAAAAGGACCAUUCUGAGGGCAAGGCUGAGCCAGCCUGGGCUACAUGAGCCAAGCUGCUCUCACAGCCAUUGUCAGCCAGCACUGAGCCCAAUUGCUGCACUAGCACGAAGCUGGCACACAGGUAUUCGGCUCAGUUUGCCUGACCACCCUCCUAAAUGGUUGGGUUGCAAUAUCUUUUCCAAUUGGCGCGGCCAUAGCAACGGCAGGUUUGGAUUGCAAACUUCCCACUUGAAUAAACAGGAAGAAAAAACACACAUUUUAACAAACUUGUUCAGGGGAAUUCUUAAGAGUUCAACACAAAAUACAUUUGCGAUGAAUUUUUAGUUAUAGAACUAAAAAGUGAAGACGGCCAUAUGUUUUCAUAUACAUCGAUUUUGGACAUUCAGUAAUAAUCAAGACGGUUGUGGCAGAAAGAUUGGUGACAUGAAAAUUCCUUCUGGUGGGUGUGCAUGAAGCAUCUACACUACAGUGGGUUAACUCACCACCACCAGUCACUCACUACAUAUGACAGGCAGGGACAGAUGGUCAAACAUUUGACUAACCAGCCAGCUUCUGAGACACUUUCCCACUGUACAAGCUGUAUUGCAGCCGUCUGAAUAGCAUAUUUGGGGCUGGAUUCCUCCUGUGUGUCCACAGGACAGAACCUUAAGUAACUAAUGUUCCAUUAACUGGUGGUUGCCAUGCAGGAGGAUCCUGGAUGCUCAGGCCAACAAUUCUACUUCAGGCUGGACCUACUCAGGUGGUUGGUUGGCAGCACUUGCUGCAGGACACUUUGCAAAGGCUGCCUCUACCCGAGAAUGUAUUUUGACUAAGUACUUAGUCUAUAACCUGAAUGCUGUGUUGGAAGAGAUACCUACACAGAAUGCUGAGAUCCAAUAAGAUACUGGGGUUUUUGGGGGUGGGGGGUCGGUUUUUUUAGAACCCAAAUCUGUUUUGUUUUGCUCUGAAUCUGCACUGUGGAGGAAGACCAUACCUAUUAGACACCUGUGAAUUUUAUACAAUAUCCUUCCUCUGCGUUUUGAAACCGGCCAGCUGAAAGUUCCCAAUCGACCUUUUCUCUGGAAUCCCUUUAGAACUUGUGUGUUCCUAAUAAUUUCUGUUUAAGCUGCUGUUUAAGGGGACAGAAAUGACUAACAGGUAGCUUGAAGGCUUCUUUUCCUCUUGUUGGAUGGUUCCUGUGUCUAGGGAUGUGAUGAGAGGGUUUGCACUACCCCUGAAAGAACAGUUUGUAGUCUGGGCGUGCUCCUGGAUUUCAACAUGUCACUGAAGUCUCAAGUGGCUUCUGUGGCAAGGAGUGUUUAUGCCCAUCUUAGGCUGAUUCGCCAGCUACAGCUGUCCCUGGACCGGGAUAGCCUGGCCUCAAUUGCCCAUGCUCUGAUGACCUCCUGUCAGGACUAUUGUUAUGCAUUGGUUGUGGACCUGCCCUUGAAGGCAGUUUGAAGGCUGCAGCUAGUAUAGAUUGCAGCUGCUCCUCUUGAACUGCAGCAGCCCAGUGGGGCCACAUGACACCGGUCCUGAAACUGCUACACUAGCUGCCAGAGAGCAUACAAAGCAUAAAAUGGCUUGGGACCACAGUACCUUCCCAAUAUUCCUGACCCACAAUUGAUAGGUGAGGCCUUGCUGGUGGUGCUGCCACUUAAGAGUUGCUCAGUUGGCAGUGAUAUAUGACAGGGCCUUCUCAGUGGUGGUUCUGUGCUUGUGGAAUGCGCCCCCUGGCGAGGUGCAUCUGUUCGCCUCAUUAUUGUCUUUCAGAAGGAAUUUAAAAAUAUUACUGUUUACUCAGGUAUUUUAUGGUUGUAAGAUACUGUUCCUGGCAACCCUGAAAUCAUUGGCUGAGAGAAUGACGGUUUUUAACUGUUUUUAGGAUGUUAUUAAUGAUAUUAUUUAAUAAUGUUUUAUUGAUGUGUUUGCUGCCUGGGCUCCUUUGGUAGGAAGGGCAGAAUAUAAACAUGUUGCUCAAAAAGGCUGGAGUGAAUCUCCUUGCAACUUGCCUAUCGGAGGUUACUGUCCAUUCUGCAGUGUUUAGAUAUUGCUCAGUACAAAACUUUUAAUAGCCCUACUCCCUGACCUUAACCCUUGGUACUUCUGGGCUGAAUGACGAGGAAGGAGAUUCAUGAACUCCUGUGGUGGGUGGUGAAUGAUAACUACGAUUUCCAAAAUCCCAGUAUGGCACCCAUUUUAUCCAGCCUCAAAAGAUGUAGGUGCAAGGGGGGGAAAGGAAACCAGAGGUCUGGGGAAGAGAUUGAUUUGUUUAUUUCAUAAAAUUUAUAGACCGCUUGUUUUUAAAAAAUCAAAGCGGUUUCUUCCUAGUUAACCCCACUUGGCUCCACUUGCCACUUCACACUUCAGUAUAGAGACUGAAUUGAUGCUGUACAAAAUGGCUAUCCUGUUUUCGGUGUUGGCUAGACAGCCACUGAUGCCUGAAGGCCCUGACAGGGCAAACCUUAGAAAGUAAUGGGAGAAAAUAAUCAGAAUUAAACAACAUACAAGAUUGUGUGUUUUUCACCUGGCUGGUGUCAGCCCAUUCUUCCUUUUCCCUGUCUGAGAAAGCCCAUGAGUUAUCACCAUACAGGAGGGACUGAGAGAGCAUAAGGAACCUAGCUGAUCCAGGACCCCGUAAGUUGAGCAGGUGCACCUGUGGCAUAGCCAGGAGGUGGCCAGUGAGGAUAAAAAGAACCCUACACUUAUCCUGCAAAGGAAUAAGGUGAGGGGUUGCUAAAGGCUUUAAAGUUCUUGGUGUGUUAGAGCAAAACUACCUUAUAUCGUUUACUUCUUUUUCCUCCUUCUAGGCCACUGAGGUAGAGAGAAGAGGCAAUGCAGCAGGAUUGACCUUUCUUUUGGGAGGCUGUCUGGGACCCAAAUAAUUGGAUCACUGAAAACUACUGCCGUAAUCUCUUGGACCAAAGUGGAGGACAUUGCUAAUGCCACAUUCUGUGAAGCUAGACAUGACAGUCCCACCACUACCAAGAAGGGAAUGGAAGUGCAUUGUGCCACGUUUGGUAAAGUUCGGCUUGAUGAUCUAGUCUUCUCUUCCAAGGAGGGAAUAGAAGCUUGUACCCCAUUCUGUAGAGCUGGGCUUGGCAAUCCCACCUCCACUGAGCGGGGAACAGAAGCCUAUUCUGCCAACAUGGGAAGAUCAGCGCUCUCCAGUAAGUGAAUCUGUAGUUGGAACUGACUUUGUGUUCUCAGGUGGAGCAAGGAGCAGUCUUGGUAGCCAUUACAUGCCUCAGUUGGAAUGUACAGACUUUCUGCUGACUUGUUGCUGCAGUGAGCAACCUGGUCCAAGAUGGUGCUGCUGGAGAUUGGAGUGCGGAAGAAAACAAUGUGAGAACCAGAGUCUCCAUCUAUUUUCCCUACUGCCUCUGAGAAAUGAACAGCUGUAUGUAUUUCUGCACCAAAAAAGGCCAGCAGCAUCAGGCAUAGGCAAGUUUGUGUGGUGACACAUUGUCUUGAUCUGAAUAAAACAAGAAUGCAUGUGUAUCUGCAUCUACUUGAGCAGCUACCAGACCCCACCCUUUGCAGAUCUGUACAUUGUUUUCCAGAUACCAGCAUUUUAUUUGCUUUUUGUUUUACUUUUAAUAUUUGGAUUCUGCUUUUCCACCAAGUAUAGAGCUCAAGGCUCAGAAUAACAACAUUGGAAAUUGGUGAAUGUUUAUAUCAAUGUAAUUCGAUACAAACACAUGAUAUAAGGCAAAAAUAAAUUCAGCAAGCAAUAUUUUGAUACAAACUCAUUAUAAUCCAAAAUAUUCAUAAUUUUGGUCACAAGGGAGGCAGGGCUGGUCUCGCUUAAGGCCUACAUGGAGCAAACACUCCCUUAAAAACAGCCACACAUCUCAGGGGUGUUCAAUGUGCAAGUGUAGCCAUAGCCAAAGCAAAGAAGAGGAAGGAAAGCUGAGGAGGGGUUUGCUACCCAUUUUUUAAAAGAAAGUUAUGGACCUGGCAAGGAUGUGAAAGAGAACAAGGUAGUUCUGCAGAAGGGAGCUCCUGAGAACCAUGAAAGAUUACACUAGCAAAAUUCCAAGAAAAGGGCUCUGUCCCAAGGCGAGGCAGGAAAGGAAUUGGAGCAGCCUCAGGAACUGGUUGAGUAGUCAAAGUUUGAUCAUGUGUCCUUGCCAAUCCUAGACGGUGGUGUAGUCAUUGUAACUCAUUGUACUCCAGACGCAUCCUGCAUGCCAACCAGGGAACAUCAGCUGUAACUUCAUGUUUGUAAAUUAGAUUGUCUCAAAUUGUUGAAUUUUGAUUACACAGAAAACCGUGGCGCUCCUCUGGUCUGAUAUUUCAGGGCCGUAUGAUGAUUGUUUCGUAUUGGAAGAAACCAGAAAAUGGUGUUCAAGCAACCUGGCCACCAAAUUCUGUUCCAAUUUCCAGCUGAAGUUUCCGAAUCAUCUUCAAAGGCAGUCCCACAUAUAAUGCAUGGCAGUAAUCUAACCUAGAAGUUAGCAGAGCAUAGGCUAUCCCUGUACAGAUGGGGUGCAGCUGGGCCACCAGCUGAAGCUGAUGGACGGCACAUGUCACCAAGGCCACCUGAGCCUCAAGCGAUAGCAAAGGAUUCAGAAGUCCUCCCAAGCUAUGUACCUUCUCCGUCAGAGAGUGUUAACCCCAUCAAGAGCAGGACACUUUCUAUCCAUCCAGUCUAGGGAGAUGCCCAGUCUUAUCUGGAUUGAGUUUCAGCUUGUUGGCUCUCAUCCAGCCCAUUACUGAGGCAAGACAACGGUCCAGCAUAUCCACUGCCACACCUGCAGAAGCUGAAGUAGACUUGUCAGCAUAUUGCUGACAAUGUACUCAAAAACUCUGGAUAACCCACUCAGCAGUUUCAUGUAGAUGUUGAACAUCAUAGGGGAAAGAAUUGAACCCUGAGGAUCCCCACAGUUAUUAUUAUUAUUUAUUGAAUUUAUAUACUGCCCUAUACCCGCAGGUCUCAGGGCAGUUCACAGAAUAAAAUCAAAAUAUAAAAUCACAAAAUACAUAAUCAAAAUAAAAACCACCACCCAACAACUAUCCCCCCAAGCCUCCACAUUUUAAAAGGACAUAGGAUGUCAAAUCAACUAAAGGCCUGGUUAAAAAGGAAUGUUUUUGUAUAAUGAAGGCGCCAGGCAAACUUCGCUGGGGAGAGCAUUCCAAUGAAGGCUCCACUAGACUGCAGAGCAUUCCCUAAGCAUCUGAAAAUGACCAUCUAAGUAGGACCAUAACCACUGCAAAGCAGUACCACCCAGCCCCAACUUGGUCAGCCGCUCCAGGAGGAUGCCAUGGUCAAUGACAUCGAAAGCCACUGAGAGGUUGAGGAGAAUGAACAGGAGCACAUUUCUCCUGUCUCGCAUCAAAAGUCGUCAUACAGGAUGACUAAACCAUUUUCUAUGCCAAUACUGGGCCUAAACCCCGACUGAAAUGGAUCUAGAAAAUCAGAUUCCUCCAAGAACACCUGGAUCUGUUCCACAACCACCUGCUCAAAGACAGACUGGCUACUAGUCAGUAGUUAGAUUUUUCAAACCCAGGUAGUCUUAUCACUGCCUCCUUCAAGCAAGCAGAGCACCCCCUCUCUUCAGGACACAUUCAUCACCUCCCCUCCCUGCUACAUUUUAUCAGUCAAGAGGGGCAAGGGUCCAGAGCACAAGUGGCUGGCCUGACAGACCCAAGCACCUUGUCCACAUCUUCGCGUCUUACCAGUUGAAACUCAUCCACCACAACAAGACUAGACAGUGCUCUGGACACCCCUAGAGAUUCAUCUGCUGCAACAGUGGAGUCAAGGUCCCGACAGAUGCCAGCAAUUUUAUCCUCAAAGUGCUUUGCACACCAGUUACCAAAAGCUUCCAUCAGUUGUGUUACUUCCUUUGGGCCAGACUGUAAAAGGCCUCAUACUACACAGAAAAGCUCUGCCAAACAGCAUAAUGAGGAUGCUAUAGAGUAGGCCUGGGUGAUAUACUGUAUUGGUAUAUUGCCCAGGACCAGUAUGAGGGGCUAGCCGCGAUGGUGGUUAACCCACUGUACUCCAAAUAAAUAAAGAAAUCAUUAAAUACUUUACUAGAGAAGGAGAUACCUACCUUUGUUCGCCUAAGUGGUUUUCUGGUGAUUGUUCUUCCUAAAAUAAGACC